AUGUUUACCUGGAAGUGCCUCAUUCUUUGGGCUGUGCUGGUCACAGCCACACUGUCCACGGCAAGACCAGCACAAACUCUGCCUGAGCAAGGUAGGCGUGCUAGUUAGUACCUCUUGUGCCAUUGCCAGCUGUAGAUGUGCUUCAGUUUUCAGUGGUAUUUUUGUUCUCUUGGUGAAUCAAAAGGAACGUGGUAGAGCGUUCACAAGAACAAAGCUGAAUUGCCUUUAGCAUCGCUCCAGAAAUGUUCAGGAAUAAAUACAUAUUUUGUCCUAUCUGCAUGUACAAGAACAUUAAGAGUAAAUGCACUCUUCAAAAAUUUUACAUUUAAGUAACAGGCAUAAUUCAAGUAGAUACUUAACUUAGUUUAUAAGCUCUGCAAUAAAUGAUGGGGCUGAGAGAAUACCCCCUAUGUCUUUGUUUAAUUGUUUGUUUUAAAUUUAAUUCUUAUUUUCUGAAAUAGAAUUUUAGACAUGCAGUUUCAAACAGCAAACAAACCACUUAACAAAUUUUGGACACUUUGAAAGAAAACAAAAGCUAUUUGUUUUGCAAUCUGUUAUCUGAUGCAUAUAUUCAUUGCGAAUUGAACUUAGGCUUGUGAAUGUCUUGGGUGUCUUCUAUAUGUCUGUCUUGGAGUCGGGAGACUGUGGGUUGGUAGCUGGGAUUUGCUGAUCCUCUUGACUAUGCACGUUCUUCAAAUGGUACCUUGGAAGAAGGUCUUCUGUUUUAAGAGAAAGUCGGAUCCUGUUCACGGCUGGCAGUAGAUGAAAUGGCACAGCAGAGGUUUGCACCCUGGAUGGCUUUGGUCCAUUUCCCCACUGGGGCUGUAGACAACUGUACCUCAAUCUGUUCUCUGGCCUGAGGUCAGUGGUUGGAUCAGGAGCUUGAAAAUGCUGCAGCAGAAGAGGGUUCAUAAGGCAGAGGCAUAGCAUGUUCAUUGGAUUGAAGGGCCACUUUAUAAUGUCACUGCAAAUUUGAACCUUAUACUGUAACUGUCUCUGUUUCUGGGUCACCAAUCCUUUUGGUCUGAGUUGAGCAGUUAAGUGUCUGGAUCUUUGAGUUCCUAAUCUGGUAUCUUUAGAGAAGAACCUCAAGAGUCCUGAUAAGGCAAUUGUGUAAAAAUAAAGUUAAUCUUGUCUGUGCAUUGUAGGAGCAAGUAGGAUCAACAGUUUAUAUUUUCUCAUACCUGACUUAUCUAGAUUCUAAUCUAAAUGUAUCUGAACCUUCAAAUUAGAACAUCAGGAAUUCAGAUAAACUGUGGAAAUCAGUACUUAAAAUCUUCAUGUGACUACUAUGCCUAUAAGAUAUUUAAAUGAGAAAAAAUGAUGAUGGAAGGCAAAUGAUCAAAAAGGUCGUACUUGUGCAAAAAGGUCACACUUGGCAAAUCCACAUCAUGAUCAACUCCCGCCCAGAAACCAAUGUCCCCACUGUGGAAGGACGUGUGGAUCCAGAAUUGUUAAAACCGUGUUUAUGGAAGACGGUCUUACUUGGCUACGAGUGAUCACCAAAGAAUAAGAAGACUUGUGCAAAAGACAAGAAUUAGAUCUGCUUGAAAGUGUAUAUAUGGUCAGGGCAGCAAUUUAAGUAUUUGUUUUGGGGUGAAAUCCGAAGUAAGCUUGGGAAGGGUGUAAUAGUUCAUGAGAAAUGUGCCCUAAUGAUUCUGUGGUCUUUUUGCUCUUGGUUGCUUGUCCGAUAGGUAGGGUUACGAGUCCUUUAACACCAGCAGGUAAAGCUUUUUGUAGCAUAAAGAUCAAUCCAGUUCAGCCAAUUCAGUUGCACACAAACACGGCCAGCCUUCAAAAAUGUUAGGACUUGAUGCAUCACAUUGAACUGGUGGCCACUUCUCACUGUUCAAGGCACUGUGCUCCUCUGCAGCUCCUGCUUCAUGCCAAGGGGCUUGUAUGGGAGAACAUCCACGUGGGUUGUGCCCCAGGUGUCUCUCUCCCCUUGGAGGAUCUCUGCCCCUUGCAGAAGGCCCAUAGCUGCAGGGUAGAGCUUUGGCUGUGCCUGCAGAAGGCCCCAGGUUCAAUCCCAACCACAUCCAGAUAGGGCUAAUAAUGUCCACUGCCUGGAAUCCUGGAGAGCCACUGCCAGUCAGUGCAGGCAGUACUGAGCUAGAUGGACCCAGUGGUCUCACUCUGUAUGAAACAGCUUCUCAUCUCCUAUGUUUGCUCCUGCAUUUCCCUUUGCAACACCCCAAAUCAACUACCUGAAACAUGGCAGGUUGAGACCUGUCUCACUUUACCUUGUAGCAGAAUAGCAGAGUCUUUUCACAAAAGUCUCCCUGACUGAGGCCCCUGCUAUCUGCAUGUUGCCUCUUCCACUUUCUGUAGACUUCCUCUCCAGCAACUGUGCAAUCAGUAUAAGGCUGCCAGAUCCCCUCCUAUUUCUUCCUCAUUGCUCCAUCACCACCAGUGGCUGGUGUCACAAGGUGUGCAUGGAGGUGCCAGAUCAGCUGCUUGUGGGCCCUCCUCACGUUUGCUGAAUCUCAAAACAUUUCUGGAGGCUGUUUUUCCUCAGAUCUGGCUACAGCCAGCCUUUAGGUUCUCGCAAAUGGGGGGGGGGGCAGUAUUACUUCUUUAUCCCAGAUUCAUAGAAGUGUUAACCGAUACCUGUAGCAUCCACCGGAGAUAUAUGUAGCCUGAAACUUUCUCCUUACUUUAGGUAGCACCUCGCCUAAUCACUAGUUCUAGAGAACUGAAAGCUUCCUGCUAUUUUGUGACAUUUUGGCUAGGCCUAAUAGAUACUGCCGAAUGGUGAAUUGUAGAGUUUUCUUAUUAGCUAACCCAGCUAUCCCUUACUUUUGAAAUUAUUCUUGUAUUUUCAGCUUCUUUUUUUAACAAAUGACUUUUUAAAACCUCCUCACACCUCACUGGGAGACCUAAUAGCUGUGGGGCUUCCACAAAGAGAAGAGAGCCCCACAUAAUCACCGUAUUUUUCACUCCAUAAGACGCACCUAGUUUUUAGAGGAGGAAAUAAAGAAAAACAAUAUUCUGAAUGAAACAGUGGAUGUAUGAUUUUUGUGGAUUAUUCUGUGGCCACAGACGUGUGAUUUGAUGGUGAGUUUGGGGUAGCCUAAUGCAAAAAUCCUGAGGAUCCAUGUGGAUCUGUGCUUUGUAACCACAUUUUUGCACCACUGCAGCCCCAGGAAACAGUGGAUGCGUGAUUUUUUGGGUGCAGGCUGUAGCCAUGGACAUGCUAUGUGAUCUGAUGGUGAAUUUGGGGUGUAAAAAUCCUGAGGAUCCAUGGGCUUUUACUUCCCCCCUCCCAGGCAGCCUCCUUUAUCGCUAGCAUCCCUUAUCUCUCUCCCGAUCCCACCGAUCAGCUGUUUCCUUUCAACACUCCCUUCCCUCUUGUUUGCCUUAGUGUCUUUUCCUUAGCUGGAGCAGUUUUUUGCUCCUCCUUUUCUUCUAAUUUCACUCCUCGUUGCUUUAGUCUUCCUAUCUCCUCUCCUUGCAAGUUCACUGUCUUUACCUCCCCGCUCCCAGGCAGCCUUCUUUAUCGCUAGCGUCCCUUAUCUCCCUCCGAUCUCUUGCCGAUCAGCUGCUUAGCGGCUUUGUUUCAACACCCACUUCCCUCUUUCUAAAAAAAAAGAGCAUGAUCUGCUUUUCGCCCCUGGGCAAUUCGGCUCCAGGGACCACGCAUUCGCUCCCUAAGACGCACAGACUUUCCCCCUUACUUUUUAGAAAGAAAAAAGUGCAUCUUUUGGAGCGAAAAAUACAGUAAGUCUCCUGGGGGUGGGUGCUCUUAGUAGGCAAAGGGCUCUCAUACACUGCCAGCUACUCAGAGUAGACCCACUAAAAUUAAUGGAUAUUACGAACAAGUACUACGUAGUUGGGUACCACCCUCUGCUUUUUAUCAAUGCUUUUUUCUUUUGAAAAUGGUGGGAGAAGUAAAAAAACCUCUGUGGUUACUCUGUAUGUUGCUGAAAUGCGACGGUGGCCAAUGAGUUGUUAAAGGGAAAAGGCUGGACGUUUCCAUUUUCCACCCCGUCCCCCCUCCAUCGGUCACUCGUCCACCCCUCCAAACCCCCCUCUGGGGAGAGCAAGCCAGAGGAGACUUUCUUUGGCCUGCCUGCUGCUCUUUCCCUCCUGCCAUUUCAGCCACGCUGAGCUAUGCUGCCUUGCACAUAAGAGCAGGCCAGGCCAGCUCUCUGUACAGUGGUGCCUCGGGUUACGAACUUAAUUCGUUCUGGAGGUUCAUUCUUUUUUUUCUUUUUUUAAAAAAAUUUUAUUAGCAAUUUCAACAUAACAAACUAUGAAACCAUAUAACUGCAUACAUAAUUUCCCCCCUUUCCCCCCUCCCCUCCCCCACCAGAGACUUCCCUCAGCUCCUGAUUUCUCAGCACAUAUUAUUCUCUGCAUGUUAUAAAAUUGUACAUAUCCUUACAUUAUCUAUCUAACAUGUUAUCAACCAAUAAAUCUGUGUAUGUUUAUUCAAAACCUGCCAAGGAGUCCAGUUUAUUUUGUUGUCUUUUUAGAUAAUUUGUAAAAAGCUCCCAUUCUUCCUUAAAGCCAUAGUUGUCCUUGUCCCACAAUUUAUAUGUCAAUUUAGCCAACUCCGCAUAGCUCAUCAAUUUUUCUUGCCACUGUUCUUUUGUCGGGAUUUCCUCAUUCUUCCAUCUUUGUGCUAUCAAGACUCUUGCCGCUGUUGUAGCAUACAUAAAUAAAUUCUUUGUUUUUCUUGGCAGGUCUUGUCCUACAAUCCCUAACAUAAAUGCCUCUAGUUUUUUUUACAAAUGUCAUUUUAAACAUUUUUUUCAAUUCAUUGCAUAUCAUUUCCCAAAAUUUUUAAAUUUCUCUACAUUCCUACCACGUAUGAGAAAAAGCCUCUUCUUUUUCUUUACUUUUCCAAAAUAUAUUUGACCCGGUUUUAUACAUUUUUGCGAUCUGUACUGGUGUAAUGUACCAUCUAUACAUCAUUUUCGUAUAAUUUUCUUUUAAGAGAGAACAAUCUGUAAAUUUCAAGUUUACUUUCCACAGUUUUUCCCAGUCCUGAAAUUGUAUAUUAUGUCCUAUAUCCUGUACCCAUUUGAUCAUGACCAAUUUGACCUCCUCAUCUUUUGUUUCCCAUUCUAGCAAAAUACUAUAUGCUUUCUUCAGCAGCUUCACUUCUUCUAUUACUUCCUUUUGAAAUCUAGAAGUUGUAUACCUAACCCUUUCUUACUAUCUUCCUUUUACAUCUCAUGUAGUUGUCUGUAGUGUGAGCAACUCUGAAAAUGGUCUUUAAUUUCCUCAUAAUCUUUAAAUUUCCAUUUCCCUUCUUGAUCCUUCAGCAAGUCUCUAUAUGUAGGCCACUUCCCUUUUUUGCCAAGUGGUUUGAGUAAUGAAGCUUCAAUUGGUGAUACCCACCAGGGUGUUUGUUGUUCUAUUAAGUCUUUAUAUCUCUCCCACACCCUCAUUAGUGAUCUCCUAAUUAUAUGAUUGUAGAAUCCUUUAUGGACUUCCCCUUUCCCAUACCAUAAGUAUGCAUGCCAUCCAAAUCUGUUAUCAUGACCUUCCAGAUCUAAUGCUUCUUCCUUUUCCAGUUUUCUCCAUUCUCUAAUCGAUACUAAACAUGCAGCCUCGUAGUAUUUGUGGUCGGGGGGGGGGGCAAACCCGCCUCUUUCUUUUAUAUCUGUAAGUAUCUUGUGUUUAAUCCUCAGCCUUUUGCUCCCCCAGACAAGCUUCAAAAUAUUCUUUUUUAUAAAAAAAAAAAUAUUUAUUAGUAGUUUCAGAAUUAUAGAGAAUAAUAUAUAUAUAUAUAUAUAUAUAUAUAUAUAUAUAUAUAUAAAAAACAACACAGUUAUACAUAAAAAAGAGAAAAAAGAAAACGCAAAAACCAGUACAACAGUACAGCAAAAAGAUAAAAAGAAAAAAGGAAGACAGAGAAAAAAAAACACAAAUCCCAAAUUACAUAUCUAUAACUUCCAUUUGCUUGUUUCAUUGGCCUCCUCACACCUCCCUUCUUGCAUUCCAGUUCAACUAGUUAUUUCAGCAAAUUCUUUCCAUCUUUCUCAAUUUUUGUUACAAAAUUUAUCUUAACAAUUUAACCCAAUAAUUAGCUCAACAAAUCCUUUCCAUCUUUCCCCAUAUUAUGUUAUUCAAAUUACCUUAAUUUAUUUAACCUUAUCUUACCCUAAAAUACCUUAAAGCUUAAAUCUUAGUUUUCAAAUAUACAUAACUCCUGAUAUCAUUUCUGCUAGAGUCAUAUAGUUUCAUUCCAACAUUUCCCCUAAUAUUCAUUAAUUUUAAGCUAAUUCCCCAAAUAGAGAUGAGGUGGAGCGGCUGACAGAGUGGUGCAGAGCUAACAACUUGCUCAUAAAUACAAGGAAGACAAAGGAGCUUGUGGUGGACUUCAGGAGACAGAAGAGCAACGUCCAGCCACUUUUGAUUGAUGGGGUCUGUGUGGAGAGGGUAACAACGUUCAGAUUUUUGGGCAUUGAAUUACAAGAGGAUCUGUCCUGGAGUGUCAACACAAGGGGCUUGUGAAGAAGGCGCAGCAGAGACUGUACUUUUUGAGAAUACUAAGGAAAAACCAUCUUCCGCAGAAACUGCUGCUUGCCUUCUAUCACUGUGCCAUUGAGAGCGUGCUCACUUAUGGCUUAUGUGUGUGGUACGGAAGCUGUACUACCCAGGACAGGAUGGGGUUGUGCAGGGUUGUUAAGGCAGCAGAGAGCAUUGUUGGCUGCCCACUCUCCACCUUAGAGCAGAUUUAUGCCACAAGGUGCCAUAGGAAGGCACUGGACAUAGUAAAAGAUCCAUCGCAUCCUGGUCACUGUCUCUUCGAGCUCUUGCCGUCAGGACGGAGAUACAGGACGAUGAAGACAAGAACGAGCCGUCUUAAGAACAGCUUCUUCUCCAGAGCGAUCUCGGCCCUGAAUGGGAAGCCCGAACUUUGAAAGUCAUCUAAUCUCCCUUGCUGUAUUAUACUGUAUUGAUUAAUUAGUGUUUUUAUGGAGCAGUCAAGUAAUUUCGUUGUCCCCGAAGGGGGCAAUGACAAUAAAGAUAUUAUUAUUAUUAUUAUUAUUAUUAUUUAUUUAUAAUUUUUUCCAAUCUUCAUCCAACGUCUCUUCUUCCUGGUCUCGGAUUGUGUCAAUCCUUACUGUCUAUUCCAUCUAGUCCAUCAACCUGGAAGCCUUAUGUCCGAGGCCCUUAAGUCUCUUCCAUGUCCCUUCUGCAGUUCUUCUUCUUCUUGUUUAUACUUGCCCUUUUCCUUGCCUUUUGUUGGUCUCUUUCUUAAUUUCUUUCCUUUCUCAUUGAGGAGUAGGUCUCUGGGGAAUUCCAACCCAAAAUUGUCUCCAUCUCCCUUCAUCAAACCCGCCCAUUCCCCACAGUCCCACUCCCCACAGUCAUCGAUAUAAUCCAAAAAGUAUUUAAAAGCAUAUUUCCAGGUCUCUCCAAAGUUAGGAACCUCCUCAGCUCCAAACUCCCCCUGGCCCACUCCAACUUCAAUCUUCAAUGACAGCGUCUUAUGCUCCUGUAGGGCCUCGGGUCUCUCCAUUUAUAUUAUUUGAGGUGCGACCGCAUCCUCCUCCAUUAUCUUCUGCACUUGCCCAGACAGUGCAGGUUCAUGAGUUGGUUCCUGAAUGAUUUCUGUAUCAAUUUUCCCUGUUUGUCCACAGUUAUUAACCACAACAGUCAUCAAUCCAUUUUCUCAUUCAUCAAGUCCAUCUUCUCGUGCAUCUGUUCCAGCAAGGCACUUGUCUUGCAUAGAGCAAGCACCCAAUCUUCCUCCCAGCUCAUCUUUAGUCAAGGUCAGAAGAGACUGGUCCCACGAUCUUAAUCUCACAGCUGUUGAGUCCUCAAGUAUACUGCAGCAACAGUUUAACAAGCUCCCUCUAGACGAGACAAUUUCUAUUUGUAUCCUUUUUUUUUAAAGGCAAGUUCAACAAAGGAAAAUUACUUUCAUUUUUCAGAUAUUUUUCAGAUAUUUUGUUUCUUUAAAAUGCAAAAGGCAACAUUGGAAUCAGUUUGUUUCUCUUCUUUAGCUAUCUGUCAAAGUGUUCCAUUCACAGUCGAUGGACCUCUCCAACAAUUUCUGUCUCUGACACCCCGUUCCCAGGUUAGAGACGGUGGAAACUUAUCCUUCUUCACUCCCUCUCCUGUUAGGGUUGAACAAAGUCCCCCCCCCCUUUCUCCUGCUUCCAAGGGGGUUUCAGUAAUUCUGAAUGAAGGAAAUUUAGACUUUUUUUAACAGCUUUCCAGGCUUUAGCUUACAAAGUUUUUGCUUUAGUCUAUAUACAAAAAGCGGAAGGCGGACUUCCUGUUUUGAACCUUCCCGCUUCGAUGCCAAAUUGAGAUAUUUCUUAAUCCAAUUUUCCGUUUCUACUCACGGGUACUUGUUUUAAAUCCAAUUGUCCACAGGAAAAAGUCAGCGCUCUCUGGCAAUGGCUGUGCGGCUUCACUCCGUGAAAAUAGCAAUCAGUUCGCAGCACCGCGCCACUCACCCCACUUCGCUCCGGCACCCCAAAAUGGGGUUCCCGGUGAGUAGGUGAGCUCCUGGUGCCCUGCCAAACCCCACGUUCCCAGGCUUCCUCCGCCUGGGAUUUCUAGCGGGUCCCCACCUUCUCCGCGGUGGGAAGACCCAGUUUCCACGGAGCCCGUUCCUCUGGUCGGAGGAACUCCGCCAUUCACCGAUGGCGCUGACCCGGAAGUCCAAGCUUCGAAAUAUUCUUCUGCCAUUUUUUGACGCAAUCAUCUUUCACAAUUACUGGGCCUGUCUGGAACAGAAAGAGCAUUUUUGGCAAUACAUUCAUUUUUAUCGCUGCUAUUUUUCCUAGUAGGGAAAGGUUCAUUCUGCUCCAUAUUUCUAAAUUGCUUUUUAUCUCAGACCACACUUUUUCAAAAUUGCUUUUGUAGACAUUUAUGUUUUUUGCUGUUAGCCAUAUCCCUAAGUAGCGCAUUUUUUGCUCUAUAAGACUCACUUUUUCCCUCCUGAAAAGUAAGGGGAAAUGUGUGUGCAUCUUAUGGAGUGAAUGCAGGCUGCACAGCUAUCCCAAAAGCCAGAACAGCAAGAGGGAUUGCUGCUUUCACUGUGCAGCGAUCCCUCUUCCUGUUCUGGCUUCUGAGAUUCAGAAUAUUUUUUUUCUUGUUUUCCUCCUCCAAAAACUAGGUGCGUCUUGUGGUCUGGUGCGUCUUAUAGAGCGAAAAAUACGGUAUUUUACUUUUUUAUGAACUUCUAUCUCAAUAGGUAAAGGUAAAGGGACCCCUGACCAUUAGGUCCAGUCGUGGCCGCCUCUGGGGUUGCGGCGCUCAUCUCGCUUUAUUGGCCGAGGGAGCCGGCGUACAGCUUCCGGGUCAUGUGGCCAGCUUGACUAACCCGCUUCUGGUGAACCAGAGCAGCACACGGAAACGCCAUUUACCUUCCCGCUGGAGCAGUACCUAUUUAUCUACUUGCACUUUGACAUGCUUUCAAACUGCUAGGUUGGCAGGAGCAGGGACUGAGCAACGGGAGCUCACCCCAUCAUGGGGAUUCAAACCGCCGACCUUCUGAUCAGCAAGCCCUAUAGGCUCUGUGGUUUAACCCACUUUGCAUUAACUCUUUUUUCUCUUCUUCCUUCAAUUUUUUUACUAACAGCUUAAUUUUAUUUCUGUUUAAUUUAAAUCCUGCCACUUCCCCCAAAUUCUUGAAUCUUUUCUAUCACUCAAGGAGGAUAAUUUUUUGUACCCUCCACCAUAAUUACUAAAUCAUCAGCAUAUGCUUUCAAUUUAAAUUCACUUUUUCCAGUUUUUAUCCCUGUGAUCUCCUUAUCUGCUCUUGUAUUUCUUGCAAGUACUUCCAGCACCAGAAUAAAGAACAGAGGUGAUAGCGGGCAUUCUUGUCUAGUUCCUUUUUGUAUCUUACAUUCAUCCAUUAUCACCUGAUUUACAAUUAACUUGGCAUUUUGUUCUGAAUAUAUUGCUUGUAUUCCUUUUAAAAAUUUAGAUCCAAACUUAAUUUCUUCAAGCAAUUUUUUCAUGAAAUCCCAAGAAACAUUGUCAACUGGAGGUCCGUUCUUAACCUGAAACCGUUCUUAACCUGAAGCACCACUUUAGCUAAUGGGGCCUCCCACUGCCACCGCGUGAUUCCUGUUCUCAUCCUGAAGCAAAGUUCUUAACCCAAGGUACUAUUUCUGGGUUAGCGGAGUCUGUAACCCGAAGUGUAUGUAACCCAAGGUACCACUGUAACAUACAAAUGGGGUUGUGGCCAACUAACUUCUGCUCAGAGUAAACCCAUUGAAAUCAGUGAACCAAAUCCGUCAGAUUCAUUAACUCCAAUUGUUCUCCUCUGAGCAGCACUGCAGGCAACCCACAUAGACAUUCACAAAUUAAAACAUUUUCAAUUACUAUAGAGAGUAUUCACACUAAAAAUAUAUAUUCUCAACUAAAAAAAAGUAGUAUUAUUUUGCUUUUCAUUUUAAAUAUAGUGUUGGUUUUGCCCUAGCUGUGUAUCCGUACCCUUUAUUUUCCCAUCCUGCAGCAGCGGCAGGAAGAGCAGCUGCUUCUCCUUGCCCCAUUCCCAUUCUGGCAGCUCUUCUCAUGCACCCGUCUUCACCAGCCCAGCAUCCUCCUGCUGCUUUAGACUACAACUCCCAUGGGCUCCAGCCAGGACAGCUUAGCAGGCGCUGCUGGGAGCUGUGGUUCAAAACGUAAGAAGGACUUCAGCUGGAGGAAGGCUGCCGCAUAAAAUGCUAAUUAUUCACGGAAACAAGACCAUAGCAAAGCUGCCUUAUACUGAGUCAUACGGCUGGUCUGUCUAGCUCAGUAUCCCCAGCGCCUGCCCUGAGUGGUAGUGACUCUCCAGAACGGGGAUAUUCUCAGCCCUACAUUGAGUUGCCAGGAAUCAACCCAGGGACCUUCUGAGAUGGCUGUACCACUAAGCCACAUCCCACCCCCAGCUGAUAUAGAACAGCUGAAUAGAAAGAAUAAAGGAUCACAUUCAAGUGUUCUAUUGGUUACUAAUUCUUUUCUAGCUCUUAUUCUGUUGCAAAUUUGUUUGGGAAUUCAAUACUUGUUAAUAAAAAUGAUGAAUCACCUUUUUGUCCACGCGGCCCCCAAGGUGAAAUAUAAUAUUUUUAAAAACAAACCAGAAGACCUUUUUUCAUUCCUCUGGACAUUUCUAGCUUUUAACAUUUCUCAUUCUUCCUGUUUUUCUGCAUUCUGUGAGCCACCCCACACUUUAUGUAAAUCUUGCGCUUGCAAUAGUGUGUGGACCAAGGGCUAGAGAGCAUCAGUUACUGAUUUGUGUUUGAUGCUGUGAUUAAAGGUGAGGUUGUGUUCAGGGGAGACUGCAAGUGUGGGGAGAGAAAGCAGUUUCUGAGUAGCCCAAAGGUCAGAGAUGGUGCUUAUUUAUUUAUUUUUAAUAAAUUUCAUUGGAAUUUUAUUUACAACGUAACAUAAAUCCCCCCAUCCCCCAACACACAAUCCACCCUCAUUAAACGGGAACAUAACAUACAGUAAGCAUAACAUACAACAAUACAAACAAUGAAAAAUCCUGUAUCUGGCCUCCUUAUUUACUUCUUAUAAACUGUUUCCUUUAUUAUUAUUAUUAAAUAAUUAUUAAGAUUUUUCUAAUUAUAACUUAAAUAUCCACAAAGUCUCCUGCAGACAUUAAUUGAAACAAGUUCAGGUAUGUAUUUUAGGGCACUGUUUUGUGAAGUAUUCUCUGCAUUUUCCCCAUGCUUUUUGAAACUAGUCUAGUGUGAUCUCUAAUUGCCUCUGUUAAUCUAGCCAGUUCAAUAUACUCUAACAGUUUGUCUUGCCAUUCUUUUUUCGUUGGCACAGUUUCUUUUUUCCAGUUUUUAGCAGUUAGGAUCCUUGCCGCUCCUGUAGCAUAGAGGAAUAUUUUCUGAUCUUCUCUUGCUAUACCUGUGUCCAUUAUCCCUAGUAGAAAAGCUUCUGUAUUUUUCAUAAAGUUAUACUUAAACAUUUUUUUAAGCUCGUCAUAUACUGUGUUCCAGAAGCUUUUGAUUUUUUCACAGGUCCACCAAACAUGUAUAAGUGUCCCCUCUGUUUUACCACACCUCCAGCACAGAUUUGUUUUUGUCUUACAAAUUUUAGCUAUUUUGGUAAGUGUUAAGUACCAUCUAUAAAACAUCUUGAUUGGGUUUUCCCUCAAUACUUCACAGGCUGUAAAUUUCCAGUUCUUUCACCAUAGUUCUUCCCAUGCUGUUAAGUUAAUAGUUUUCCCAAUAUCUAAAGCCCACUUGAUCAUUACCUCCUUGACCUGUUCAUCUUUGACCUCCCACUCCAAUAAUGUAUCAUGCAUUACCUUGGUUUUGUUUUGUAAUAACACUUUUUCUAAUACUGAAGGUUCAUUUGAGAAACCUUUUUUUCUUAUCUGUCCUGAACACUUCAUGCAAUUGAUGGUAUUGGAUCCAACCCGUAAGGUGUUGUUUAAUUUCCUCAUAAUCUUUAAUUUCCAAUUUAUUGUCUUUUUCCUUAAUCAGAUCUUUAUAUGUGGCCCAUUCUAACUCCAUAUUUUUCAUUUUUAUUGUAAUUGCUUCUAGAGGUGAUGCCCACCAUGAUGUUUUCGGUUCUAGGAGAUCCUUAUAUUUUGUCCAUGUUUUAUAUAAUCAUAGAAUCAUAGAAUCAUAGAAUCAUAGAGUUGGAAGAGACCACAAGGGCCAUCGAGUCCAACCCCCUGCCAAGCAGGAAACACCAUCAGAGCACUCCUGACAUAUGGUUGUCAAGCCUCUGCUUAAAGACCUCCAAAGAAGGAGACUCCACCACACUCCUUGGCAGCAAAUUCCACUGUCGAACAGCUCUUACUGUCAGGAAGUUCUUCCUAAUGUUUAGGUGGAAUCUUCUUUCUUGUAGUUUGGAUCCAUUGCUCCGUGUCCGCUUCUCUGGAGCAGCAGAAAACAACCUUUCUCCCUCCUCUAUGUGACAUCCUUUUAUAUAUUUGAACAUGGCUAUCAUAUCACCCCUUAACCUCCUCUUCUCCAGGCUAAACAUGCCCAGCUCCCUUAGCCGUUCCUCAUAAGGCAUCGUUUCCAGGCCUUUGACCAUUUUGGUUGCCCUCCUCUGGACACGUUCCAGUUUGUCAGUGUCCUUCUUAAACUGUGGUGCCCAGAACUGAACACAGUACUCCAGGUGAGGUCUGACCAGAGCAGAAUACAGUGGCACUAUUACUUCCCUUGAUCUAGAUGCUAUACUCCUAUUGAUGAGGCCCAGAAUUGCAUUGGCUUUUUUAGCUGCCGCGUCACACUGUUGGCUCAUGUCAAGUUUGUGGUCAACCAAGACUCCUAGAUCCUUUUCACAUGUACUGCUCUCAAGCCAGGUGUCCCCCAUCUUGUAUUUGUGCCUCUCAUUUUUUUGCCCAAGUGCAAUACUUUACAUUUCUCCCUGUUAAAAUUUAUCCUGUUUGUUUUGGCCCAGUUCUCUAAUCUGUCAAGGUCGUUUUGAAGUGUGAUCCUGUCCUCUGGGGUGUUAGCCACCCUCCCAGUUUGGUGUCAUCUGCAAAUUUGAUCAGGAUGCCCUUGAGUCCAUCAUCCAAGUCGUUGAUAAAGAUGUUGAAUAAGACCGGGCCCAAGACAGAACCCUGUGGCACCCCACUAGUCACUCUUCUCCAGGAUGAAGAGGAACCAUUGAUGAGCACCCUUUGGGUUCGGUCAGUCAGCCAGUUACAAAUCCACUGAGUGGUAGCAUAGUCAAGACCUCAUUUUACCAGCUUCUUUACAAGAAUAUCAUGGGGCACCUUGUCAAAUGCCUUGCUGAAAUCAAGGUAGGCUACAUCCACUGCGUUCCCUUCAUCUACCAGGCUUGUAAUUCUGUCAAAAACGAGGUCAGGUUAGUCUGACAUGACUUAUUUUUCAGAAAUCCAUGCUGACUAUUGGUGAUCACAGCAUUCCUUUCUAGGUGCUCACAGACUGUUUGCUUAAUGAUCUGCUCCAGAAUCUUCCCUGGUAUUGAUGUCAGACUGACUGGGCGGUAAUUAUUUGGGUCCUCUCUUUUCCCUUUUUGAAAAUAGGGACAACAUUUGCCCUCCUCCAGUCUGCCGGGACUUCGCCUGUUCUCCAGGAAUUCUCAAAGAUGACUGCCAGUGGUUCUGAGAUCACAUCUGCCAGUUCUUUUAAUACUCUUGGAUGCAGUUCAUCUGGCCCUGGAGACUUGAAUACAUCUAAACUAGCCAAGUAUUCUUGUACUUAGUUAUUCUGGGCUGUGUUUCCUUUGCUGAAUCAUUUGCUCCAAAUUCUUCAGGUCGGGCAUUGUUUUCUUUAUCGGAGAAGACUGAGGCAAAGAAGGCAUUGAGGAGUUCAGCCCUUUCUGUGUGCCCUGUUUGCAUUUCACCAUCUUCUCCUCUGAGUGACCCCACUGUUUCUUUGUUCUUCCUUUUGCUACGAACAUACCCAUAAAGCCUUUUUGUUGCUUUUAACCUCUCUAGCAAGCCUGAGUUCAUUCUGUGCUUUAGCUUUUCUGACUUUGUGUCUACACGUGCUGGCUAUUUGUUUGAAUUCCUCUUUGGUGGUUUCCCCCCUUUUCCAUUUUUUGUACACAUCCUUUUUUAAUCUUAACUCAGUUAAAAGUUCUUUAGAUAGCCACCCUGGCUUCUUUAGGCACCUUCCAUGUUUCCGUCUCAUUGGUAUUGCCUGACGUUGUGCUUUUAGUAUCUCCCUCUUAACAAACUCCCAGCCAUCAUGAACUCCCUUUCCUUUUAGUAUUACUGUCCAUGGGAUCUCACUCACCACUUCCCUAAGUUUUAUGAAGUCGGCUUUCUUAAAGUCAAGAAAUUGAGUCCUAGUAUGCUUGGCUGUUCCUUUCCGCUGUAUAGUAAACUUCAGAAGAGCAUGAUCACUCGCGCCUAAUGAUCCUUCCACUUCUACCCCACUAACCAGGUCAUCAACAUUGGUUAGGACCAGAUCUAAAAUGGCUGUUCCUCUUGUUGCUUCUCCCACUUUCUGGACAAUGAAGUUGUCUGCAAGGCCAGUGAGGAAUCUGUUUGACCUUAUGCUCUUGGCUGAGUUUGACAUCCAACAAAUAUCCGGGUAAUUGAAGUCCCCAUUACUACUAUCUCCCUUCCUUUUGCAUGCUUGGCCAUCUGUUCCAGGAAGGCAUCAUCUAUGUCCUCCGUUUGGCUUGGGGAUCUAUAGUAAACUCCCACAAUGAGGUCACUGUUAUUCUUCUCUCCCUUAAUUUUGACCCAAAUGCUCUCACUUUGGCUUUGAGGUUCUAAAUCUUGGAUCUCUUCACAGGUAUACACAUCCCUGACAUAUAACGCCACUCCUCUUCCUUUCUUGUCUGGUCUGUUUCUCUGAAAUAGAUUGUAUCCCCCAUUAUUACAUUCCAAUCGUGGGACUUAUCCCACCAGGUUUCAGUGAUGCCUAUUAUGUCAUAUUUAGUUUGCUGUACCAAGAGCUCAAGCUCAUCUUGUUUAUUUCCCAUGUUUUGCGCAUUAGUGUACAGACAUUGAAGUCCAUUAAUCAUCCCCCGUGUCUCUUAUUUAAGGAUUUUUUCCUCCCACCACUAGGUCUGCGUGCUGUUUGCUCCAUUUGGUCUAUGACAUUUGGAUGAUCAUCUUCAUCAAUUGAUAGACUCCUACCUUCAGGAGCACUGUCUCCCUCCCCACAUUAGUCAGUUUAAAGCCCUCCUGAUGAGGUUUCUGAGUUUUUGCCAAAAACAUUUCUCCCAACCGUUGUGAGGUGCAGCCCAUCGCUUGCCAGAAGUCCAUCUUCAAGAAACUGCAGUCCGUGAUCUAAGAAUCCAAACCGUUCCUGUUUACACCAUUUGCGAAGCCAGCUGUUCACUUCCACUAUUUUUCCCUCUCUCCCUGGGCCACGUCGUUCAACUGGGAGGACAGAUGAGAUGACAAUUUGUGCAUUUAAUUGCUUCAACUUCCUGCCCAGAGCCUCGUAGUCUCUUUUGAUCUUCUGGAGGCUAUUGCUUGCAGUGUCAUUGGUUCCCACAUGAACCAAGAGGAAGGGGUAUUUGUCAGUGGGUUUUAUGAUUCCUUGCAGUCGUUCAGUUACAUCUUGGAUCUUAGCCCCGGGGAGACAGCACACUUCCCGAAACAUCUUGUCAGGCCCACAGAUCACUGCUUCUGUUCCCCUCAGUAGGGAAUCCCCUAUCACCACUACACGCCUCCUCUUAGGUUUGGUCGGGGUUCUUCCGUGAGCUGUCCGUUCCAAGGUCGCCUGCACAUUCCCUGAGGACUGACUUUGCUGCUCGUCUUCAUAUACCUGAUUGACUGUAAUGAGGAGAGAUCCUCAAAUGGAGUCUGCUCUUCGUCUUCCAUGCUAGGGGAGAGGACCUCAAAGCGAUUGUGUAUUUCUAAACAAUCAGAGCGAACCUUGGGCCUCCUACUUCUUUGAGUCACGUUUCUCCAUAUAUCUGGCUCCUGUGUUGGUGUACUAGCCUCCUUGUCAGGGGAGUCCCCUGUCUCCUCCUUGGUGGAGACGUUGUGCUCUGUUGCUUCCAAGAAAAGCUCCAGCUCCCUAAUUCUUUGGAGCGUAGCUACACGUUCCUCCAGUUGCUGGACUUUGUCUUUUAAGAGGGCAAUCAACAUGCAAUUGCUGCAGGUAAAGCUGCCUGCAACCUUUGGCAAGAUGGCAAACAUUGCGCAGGAACCGCAGGCGACUGCAGCUGUUCCCUCCCCCUCCAUCUUGAGAACGUGUCGUUGGGGGUGGCUACAGCGGUCCUCCAUCAAAAAAAAGCGUAAAGACAGGACAAAUAACUCCCCCCCCACAAAAAAAACCUAGGUCUCCCCCAACAAACGUUUGAGACUAGCUCCCCUAAAUCUAAAAGAUGGAUUAAACUGCGCGCGCCGCUAGGCACGCGCCGCUGCCCUGCAAGCUCUGAUAAGCUCCUCCCACAGCUAAUCACCUGCCUCAACAGAAACCCUGCCCCCUCUGACCUUUGCACAGGGAGAACAGCUAAUCAGCCACAAAGAAACACACACACACAAGAAAACCCUUUUUGCUCCUUCUUCAACUGCUGCCCUGAUGAUUUCCUUAUGACAUGGUUCAUGAAUCCCCUGUGUACUUUCCCGUUUUCAUAAGCUAAAUACGCAUGCCAACCAUAACAAUUGUUAAAUCCUUCUAGAUCUAACAAAUCACCAUCUUUUAAUACAAUCCACUCUUUUAGCCAAUUUAAACAGACAGUGUCGUAAUAUAAAUUUAGAUCAGGUAGUGCUAGUCCACCUCUAUGUUUUUUAUCUAUUAGAAGUUUGUGUUUAAUUCUUGUUUUUUUAUGCUGCCAUAUGAAUUUGGAUAUCUCUUUUUGCCAUAGUCUAAGACUUCCCAUUCUUCCAAUUAUCGGUAUCAUUUGGAAUAGAUACCGUAUUUUUCGGACCAUAGGACGCACUUUUUCCCCUCCAAAAAUGAAGGGGAAAUGUGUGUGCGUCCUAUGGAGCGAAUGCAGACUCCUCGGCUUCAGCGAUAGCAAUGCGAAGCCUCCGAAGCCUGCGCUCCGGAGGCUUCGCGUUGCUUCCGCUGAAGCCAGGAGAGUCUGCUCUUUGAGGCUGGCGGUGGGGAAAGCAGCGCUUCCCCAUCGCCAGCCCCAGAGGAUGGGGGCAGCGAGAAGGCGCGCGACGCCUUGCCGCUACCCUCCAACCCGGCUCGAGGCUGGCGGUGGGGAAGCAGCGCUCCCCAUCGCCAGCCCCAGAGGAUGGGGGCAGCGGAAGGCGCGCGACGCCUUGCCGCUACCCUCCAACCCGGCUCGAGGCUGGCGGUGGGGAAGCAGCGCUUCCCCAUCGCCAGCCCCAGAGGAUGGGGGCAGCGGGAAGGCGCGCGACGCCUUGCCGCUACCCUCCAACCCGGCUCGAGGCUGGCGGUGGGGAAGCAGCGCUUCCCCAUCGCCAGCCCCAGAGGAUGGGGGCAGCAGGAAGGCGCGCGACGCCUUGCCGCUACCCUCCAACCCGGCUCGAGGCUGGCGGUGGGGAAAGCAGCGCUUCCCCAUCGCCAGCCCCAGAGGAUGGGGGGCAGCGGGAAGGCGCGCGACGCCCUCCCGCUACUCUCCAACCCUCCUUUGGGCUUUUGGGGGAGAUGGGGGAAUUCCCCCACCUCCCGCAAAAGCCCGCAAAAGCCUCGUGCUCUUUAAAGGGGCUCCGCGGCUUCUGCUGGCUUUUCUACGAGGGGGGGAAUUCCCCCACCUCCUAGAAAAGCCCGCAGGAGCCGCGCACCCUUUAAAGAGCGCGCCGCUCUUGGGGGCUUUUCCCCGUUGAGGGAGAAGGGACUGACUGGCCGUUUCAGUCCCUUCUCCCUCCUGGUCGAAAAGCCCGCAGGAGUCGCGCGGGGCUCCUGUGGGCUUUUGCGGGAGGUGGGGGAAUUCCGCCACCUCCCGCAAAAGCAGGGAGAAGGUCUUGGAGUAGAGGACAGGCUGCGUGCAGCCUGUCCGCUGCUCCCAGAGCUGCGGGGGGGAAAUCAUAUUUUUUUCCUUGAUUUCCCCCCCUGAAAACUAGGUGCCGUCCUAUGGGCCGGUGCGUCCUAUAGUCCGAAAAAUACGGUACAUCAUUUUCGGCAACACGUUCAUUUUAACCACCAUUAUUCUGCCAGUAAGUGAUAAUCUUAACUUAUUCCAGAUUUCUAAAUCUCUUUUGAUUCCUUUCCAGUUUUUUAUGUAAUUAUCUUUGAAUAGAUUACUAUUAUUAUCGGUCAGCCAAAUUCCUAAAUAAUUGGUCUUAUUUACUGUUAUUAAUCCUGAUAUCUCCUGUAGUUCUUCCUUUUCUUGCUUGGUCAUAUUUUUGACUAUAAUGUUGGUUUCAUUCUUGUUUAACUUGAAGCCGGCUACUUUCCCAAAUUCUAAUAUUCUUUCAAUUAUCUGUAGUAUUCUUUUUUGAGGAUUGUGCUUAGCAGCUGGGGCAAUGUUUUGACAACUCUCCUCUUCUUGUGGGCCUUGGAGAGUAGUCUGCUGGUCUACAGCUUACCUGGAGAUAAGUGAGGUCAGUGGCAGUACCUGUCAUUAGCCCUAUCCUAGAUACAUUUGAGGCCUCUUUCCUCUGGUUCACAGCUUUCUGGAAUCCUUUCUUGGACCAUGGAUAUGUGCCUUUAAAUCCAGCAGCCUGACGGUUUGUGGAUUCUGGGAAACAUCAUACUAGCCGACAUAUGGUGUGUGUUUUUCCGUGUCAGUUAGCCUUAAUGCAGCUUACUAUAUGUGGGAAUAUCUAUUCUAUGAAUCUCAUUAUAUAAAUGUGAGUGGUUUGUAAUAUUGGUGUGUACCUUGUGUUGUGAUACCCCUACUUUUUAAAGGGUACCCUUUAUUUCUUUCUCCUCCCCCUCCAACUCCUUUUUGUUGGCUUCAGCAGGCUGUUUGGACUUGUGCCAGCUGGUUUCUGUGGCACAGGCAGAUGCCCAGUGGGCAGCUGGGACAGGGGGUGUUAUGUAUACAGUCCUUGCAGAGUAAAUAUUUCUUCUGGACUGGAAAUUUGAGAUGAUGUGGAGUAUUCAGCAUGCCUUCCCCUGUCAAUAAGCUCAUUCUCAGUUGGAUCUUGCCCCUAGAUAACCCUGCUCCAAAACCCUCUCUAACCCUUUCUACAAAGUAUAUUUAACUAUUUCCAAAUCUUAGGAGAUGUCCAUAUAUGGUAGUUUCCUGCUGCCACACUAAACAAGAAAUGCGGAAAGUGCACGUGAAAAGACCGCUUAGCAAAGAAACCGCAUUUCCUUCCUUUGAUACUGAGAUGUGGGUUGUCCAACCUAUGUCAGGCAUGGGGAGCCCACCAGAGGCCGUUCAGCAACAACUCCCAGCAGGGAUGGCCAGUGGCCAGGGAUAAUGGGCGUUGUAGUCCACAACAUGUUGACUGCCCCUGUGCUAAGCUUAGGAAGGCAGCCUUGUUCCAUGUUCCCCAGGCAGUAAGUCUCCCAGUUCAUGAAGGACUUAAUGAUCCUACAGGGGCUCCCUCUUAAGAUGGUAAUGUAUAUUGAUCGCUGCAUUUGAAGUAAGUGAGACAAGCCAGCUCUGUUGCACUUGGGGGGCUGCUGCUAAUUCUGCCGAGUGGAGACAUGGGCGUCUGUCCCAAAGUCCUGCCACUGAGCUCAAGCCAUGGAGUCCAUGAUAGGAGGGACCUCUGCAGGGGCCCAGCAUGGACCCUCACUGCUAGUAAUGUAGAAAAAUGGAAAGCAUCUUGCUGCCAUGAGCGAUGAUAUGCCAUAAAACAUGAGAAAGGUACUGGAAGCCAUGCCUUUUACAGAGAAGUCUAUAAAAAGUAAUGUCCAUGAGCGUGCUAGGCCAGUCUCUUCUCAACCACUCUAACUUCAAAUUCAUCCUAUUAUUUAUUCAUGUAUUGAUUUGCUGCUCCUUCUGCUGUUUUUGUACACUUCACUUCAGCCAUAAAGGCUCCCAAAGCAGGGACCUGCAUAGUGAAAUACAAAAAAUAAAAGUGGAACAGAUCAAUCAAAGCACUGUGAAGUAGCAAAACCCCAAACAGGGGAUUGAUUAACAUGAAGACUUCCCAGGCUCAAGGAUCAAGGCAUGCACACACAAACCCCUUUCCCAGGUACAUUAUUUUACUAUUGUCCCUCACCCAAUUUCUUCAACCUCUCACAGGGAACGUUGCCCAUGAGAAGACUAGUGUCUGUCUGUAUUUUCCUUUCUAUCUCUUUCUAAACACACACAUGAUCUUGUGGAGUCGUUCACAGUGUUGUCUUUGGAAACAUGGGGUUGUGUUCCACAUCAUUACAUGUGACGGUAGAGCAUGUAUAAGCCCAUAAUGCUCCCAUUAUGCUCCAUUCCUCCAUUCCCGCCCCUUUUCCUGACCAUUUCUAGGUUGUUGCAAUGCACGCAUGUACGGUUGUGCAUCAGUUCGGCGCGUGUAAAUCAGUGGUAGCCUGUAAUGCUAAGCAACUGUCCUGUCAGUGCAAGGAUUUCCACUUGUGCAAUGGGAGGGCAUGGGGCAUGUGCAGGAGGAGACAAGGGUGGGAAAGUCCCAUUCUGCAAAUGGAAACACUUGCGCAACAUUAGACACAAGCCCAGCCACUAUGUCCAAUAGAUGACCAGUUGAGCCAAACUUUGUCCUUGCAGUUCCUUUGUAGAGGACUAGGGCAUGUCUGCUGCACUCUCCAUUUGUAAAUUAGGAAUAAUAAUGGCUUGGUUCAAAGGCUUGUCCUGUGGAUGAACACAAAAAGCAGAAGUACGUUUGCAAAAUGAGAAAGAAGUAUUCUAAGUGACUAAGGUCAGAAAACUGGAAUUCACUCUCCCCUAUAGGAUCUAAAAGGAGCUUUCAGUGCUUUUAGAUCUCUCUUGCAGCAGGUUUUGUGUGUAGAGUGGACUACUGUGUUAAGAGUAUUGUGGUUAAGUAUUUUGAUCUCAUCACUAUUGCUGUCUCUCUCUCUCUCUCUCUCUCUCUCGCUUGCUUGCAUGCAUGCACAUGUACAGCAAAGGGGUCCGGGCUGUGCCUGUUUCAAGCACACCUAAGUACCAUAUCUUCCCAUAUGAAGCAGCCCAAAACUGGGACACCAUCUUCCAGUGCUAUACUCAUGCGUCUGAAAAAGUGCAGCCCCAAAUCCCAGCAGCCAUUUGGGCUGCUGUCCUCUUGCAAGAAAAAAUGGGAUAUCCCCCCCCCCCUCCCCUGGGCAGUUGAUGGGUAUGAAGUACAUGAGCGCAUAUAAUUAUUUACAGCAGUGGUUUUUUAUGCUUGCUACCUUCAGAAAACCCUUCCACUUCUCUGAGCCAUCUGUAUCAGGUAGGUCAAGGCAGAAACUUGCCCGAACAAAGGGUGGAGGUGGACCAAGGCCAUAUGUGUCUCUUCCUCUAGUCUGCCUCUCCCAGGCUCAACUCCCUUAGCCCGAAGACUGUAAUUCUCAAAGAGCCAACCCCCUGACCUGCAGUCCUGUUGCGUUUUGCCUAGCAUUCUCCCUAUGCCAUUAGACAGAGGGAAGCACUUGGUUCCUCUGGAAUGGCAUCUGCAAGGGUUGUAAUUCAGGCUUUGCACGGUCCAGACCAGCCCAUUGCAUUCUGUGGACUGAUAGGGGAUGGGAAGGGGGAGUAAUUGAGUUUAGUUUCAAUUUGAAUGUGUUUCCACCUCAUUUGAACUUCCUAAAACAAUUCAAACAAAAAUGUGGCUAUGCCUUGAAUUGCUGUGCAGUUUUUCAAACCAAAAGGUGUCUAGAAUUCCAUAUAUUAGUGGAAAGUGUGCAUAAUAUGUGUAUAUUAAUAAAAAUAACAUGCAAAAAGCAUUAUAUAGAGGCAAUGCAGCUUGCAAAAAAGUGUAUACAGUGGUACCUCUGGAUACGAAUGGGAUCCGUUCUGGAGCCCCGUUCGCAUCCAGAAGCAAACAUAACUAGCGAUGGCACGUCUGUGCACGUGCAUGACAUCAUUUUGAGUAUCUGCGCAUGCGCAAGCGGCGAAACCCGGAAGUAACGCGCUCCCUUACUUCCGGGUUGCCGUGGAGCGCAACUCGAACGCACUCAACCCGAAGCGCAUUCAACCCGAGGUAUGACUGUAUUAAAGAAAGGCUGCAUACAAAAAUGUAUUAAGAGCAGUGUGCAUUAAAAUGCCUGUAAACCUGGAGGGGUGCACAUCACCAUUUAGAUUUCUCCUCUUCCCUUAAUCUGUCUAAUCCAGGCAUAGGCAAACUCUGCCCUCCAGAUGUUUUGGGACUACAAAUCCCAUCAUCCCUGACCACUGGCCCUGUUAGCUAGGGAUGAUGGGAAUUGUAGUCCCAAAACAUCUGGAGGGCCGAGUUCGCCUAUGCCUGGUGUAAUCCCUUUUUAAAGCCAUCUGAGCUAAUACUCGUCACUACAUGCCAUCAAGUAAGCGCUGCGCCUGUUGCCAAAGGACACCCUUGGUUCACGCAAGGAACAGUUGUGGCCUCACUGCUGCGUGAAACAUGUGCCUCGAGCAUCUUCCCCAGCACUUCACACGGCAGGCAAGCUGCUUUCAGGAAGGUUACUCACCAUUGCCAAACUUCUCAUGGAGUAAUGGCUAAUAAGCUUCCAGGGAAGACCCCAAACCCACUGGGUGUCCCCAGAACACAGUUUGAAACUUGUUUAUGAAACAAGAAGUUGGCUAACAUAGGAAGGGACCACCCUCUGUUCAUGAGAACCUGAAAGGUUCUUGAACCCCCACCCCCACCCUGGCAAUAAGGGAUCCAUUCCCACAUAAUUUGGACUGUCACUCCUGCUCCAACUCUUGUGAACUUUUGUUUGCCCUUGAGCUCCUGCUCUUGCGCACUCUCAUGUGUCCAACAACUUCCCUUCAUUAAUAUUUGGCAGAGGCUGGAGUUUAUAAACCAGACCGUGUCCAUGUUCUAAUGUGGGGAGGUGGUGUUGUGAGGGAGAGCAGAGUGAAGGAUGCCUCCAGCAGGACGACCUCAAGCACUGAAAACUGCUUGCUGUUACUAGAGACAGAGGUUGUGUGCAUGAGUCUCUGUGUAAAAGGGCUUGGAUAAGGCAAUCUAUAGCCGCUUCCCAGCAAACAGAUCAUAGUUAGCCUUGAGGAAAGGCCAAUUUGGAGGGGACCCCCCCCCCUAGAAAGAGGCCAGUCCCCAGAGGCCCAGUAAGCGCUUCCUGUUGGGAUUAGCAGAGCUGUUGGGCAUGUGUGUGCUUUUUCUUCAGGAAAUACCUUUAGUAAGCUCUGGUGGAGUUCCCAUGGCAACCGGCAAGGGGACCUGCUGAUCUCAGCCAUUCAGUUCUUUAUUGUUGGCUGCAUCUCUUUGUUGGCUGCAUUAUUGCAAUCCGUCCUGGCAAAUAACAGCAGUUUGCACUGUUUUGUGAGGGCCCUGAAUGCAGAAGGGUGGUUUUUUUGUUUUGUUUUUUAACAUUCAGAUGGCCUAGUCUGGCACAGGGCCAUUUGCAUGCAAAAAAAGUAAAAAUCUGUUCCUGAAAAAUGCCUGUAUUGAGGCCCUGGAUAAAUAAUGAAAGACUAAAGGUUAAUCUUAGUGCUUCUCCUCUCCCCACCCCCAACCCUCCCCCCCUUCUCUUUUGCCAAUGAGUUCUCUGCUCUCAGGCUUUUUCCCACCUGGAGUUGGGCUUGGGCUUGGGCUUGGGCUGGGGGGGUGUCUUAUUUCCCUCCCCUCUUCUGAAAUUUCUCCCCCUCCCCCUCCCCUCCUGCCGAAAUCCCUGGAAAGCUAAUGACAGCUCUAAGAACCUGUUGAGUUUUGCCAUCUGGUCAGGCUUUAACCAGACUAAACUCAGAUUUAAUUCCGUUUCAAAGCUGCAGUAAAAUUCACCAGAAGUGCAGCACAGAGCUUUUGGACGUUACAUCAUGCUUGUAAUUUUUAGGCUUGUUUCAAAACCAUUAUGUAACCAUUUCUGGAAGAAUCUGCCCCUUUCAUCCAGCCCUGUGGUGGCUGUGUGUGCCCCAGCGCACUCCAAGCAGGCAGAGGCUCUUCUAUUUCAGCCUCAGGCACUGGGUAUUAACGGACACCCUCUGCCAAAUCCCCUGGGGGAUGCAGUGUAGAUGGGGUUUUUGUGGUUUCCAUCAAUCAUCUCUGUUUCAAUUUCUCUGUCAUUGAAGUAUGUGUAAAUGGCCGCAAAGAGCAUGCGGCAGCCUGUUUGUUUGCCCCGGGGUGAGUUUACGUAAGCUUUGUUUAUAUGGAUAAACCGGGCCUCUCCUGCUUCAUUGGGUUCGGUGAGAACAAUGGGUUUGUGCUUUCACUGGCCCAUUACGUCCUAAUAUGAAGCAAAGGGCAGGGGUGGACCUAAGAAGAGUCCUGGUUGGGUCGAACCAAAAGUCCCUCUAACUGAGCAUCCUGUUUCCUCAGUGGCCCCACCAGAUGCUGCAAAGAGGUUUGAGUGUCUCUGUAUUGCAAAGCAUUAACGGUGUGGCAAGAGGGAAAGGCCAUCACAUGUGUUACAGGCAAGGACAGCAUCUCCAGGUAGGACAGUGAAAUACUUUUGCCUGGCAGCUUGGGAGAGCGCACUUGCCCUCCUUGUGUGCGUCCUGUAGCAUCCUGCCAUGAGAACAGAACACUAGACAGGAGGACUGUGCAACCAGUUUGGCUGAAUUCCAAACUAAAUUGAGUUUCCAGACUGAAUCUGAAUCAGGCCUGGAUUGAUUCAGACCAGUCUACAUCUCAGAACACUCUGUAAGAAUGCCAGACAGCCUUUCUCCAAAAUGUUACAAAAGUGUAAAACAAUCCCAUAGAAGGAGCACAUAGAAGGGUGGUGAAAUGGGGAGCUGCAGUUACGACUCUUUUGGUUUCCAGUGCAUAUGAAUGGAACUAACAAUGAUUCAUAUUUUCAGUUUUCAUUUUGGAUUCAUAGUCUGAGUUGAAUUGGGUCUGAAUUGAUCUGGACUAAAUCAGGGACUGAAUCAAAGGGGGGGGAGCACUUUUUCAUCUCUGCUAGCUAGGACUUUGAUUUGAUACAGCAGGGACCUUCUUCUACCCUUAUGUUAGCUGUUGCCAGUCACUGUACUGAGCUAGAUGCACAAAUCUAGGUAGGUUUUAUGUUCCCCAUUCUGCUUUCAGAGUGCAAAACUGAAAUCUGAGUUGUAGACUUGGAUCUAUUUUGCACAUUUCAAGUAUUCAGAGUGUCCGCCUACAUUAACUCAGUAAUGGUUACAACAAUGCCAUAAGGUUGGAAACCAUUAUGAUGAUCACAGAAAAAAAGUUUGUUACUGGUGCUAGCAAUUGUUGCUCCGUGAAGGGCAAACAACUUUCCAGGAUUCUUUUGGGGAGGGGGUGUCAUUUAAAUGAAUGGUGUGUGCCUAGCGCCAGUGUAUCUCGAACUUGGGUCUCCAGCUGUUUUUGGACUACAACUCCCUUCCUCCCCAGCUAGCAGGACCAGUGGUCAGGGAUGAUGAGGACUGUAGUUCAAAAGCAUCUGGAUACCCAAGUUUGAAAAACUCUGGCCUGUUUUGUUGACCUGAAGGAUUUAUCUAAAUUAUUUCAGCUCCUGUCCACAUUUCUAUUAGUUUGUUCUUUACAUAUCUUAUACUCUGUGUAUGUCUUGUAGUUGAUUCAACAUUGGAAUUCUGGGUUUCAUGAAAUAACACCAUAGAAAUUAUGAUUAUCAGCUGGAUUUUCUUAAUCAGAUAGGGUCUGCAUCUUACGGAUUUGCAGCCAUUCCUUUUUCGGGUGUGGCAUGAUAUUAACAUUCACAAAUAUGCUUAGCAGUGGGGUGCCCUCUAGGCGUUCUUGGACUACAACUCCCAUCGUCCCUGACCAUAGACCAUGAUGGCUGAAGCUGAUUGGAGCUGAAAGCCAACAACAUCUCCAGCACACAACUUUGGCUACCAGCUGCAAGUGUAGAUGUCUGAGAUGCUGGCUGGUGGCUUUCCACAUUGACAGAGUAAGUUUGUGGCAUAGGUGAGAUUUGAACUUAUAGACCUCACAAUGUUUCCUACUCUACUUCCCAACUCUUAUAGCUGUUCAUGGGAUGAGAGUCAGGAGGGCUGACUUUUAUGCCCUUGCAGGAGCCCAGUUGCCAACUUCUGGCUCUGCUGCGUGUUGCUGCUUAUUCCCCUCCCCGGGACCGACUUGGCAUUAUUUGGGGCACCUGCUGAGGCCCUGGACCUCCUGGCCUUGCUGCUGCUCCUACCCACCUGUCCUCCAACAAGCAAGCAGUGAGAGGAGCAGAAGUCACAAAAAUCCUUGUUCACUUGCCCCUUUUCUCCAAGACCCUGGGGUGCCUUGAAUGAUGGCCAGGGGUGCCGUGGGCAACACUGACCUCUGUCUCUCCCUCCCUCCCUCCCUCCCUUCCUCUGAUGCCCUCUCAAGUCUCUGCCUCCCAAAGGCUUGCACAGCUGUUUGUUGCAGCUGCCAAGCUCCCCAGGCAAAUGGUGCCUGUGGGACUGGCCAGGGGGUGUUUCCAGGGUGGAUAAAAAUCAAUGAUUUAAAGAUUUAAAAGUUUUUUUAUUUAAAUCAAUUUUUAAAUGCUGGGUCAUUAGCGAUGUUGGUGAAUUCCAAGGAAAACUGGAGUGGAGAUUGCUGAAUUUCUCUUACUCGUUCCAUGUCCAGAAUGGAAAUCAGUCUAGCACUGUGGCUGAACAGGGUGGGAUAAUGUAAUGACAUUGUAGUUUACAUAAUUGAUUGCGUAAAUUACAUAAUUUCAAUGCUGUGGACAGUGAGAGGAACAAUGUCGUUUUUGGUGGAAAACUAAGUGCAGCAGUAUAGAAACUGAUGCAUGUAUCAAAUACAGAACAGAGACAGAUGCCUUCUUAAAUUCCUGUUGGUCAUAUAUGUAUACUCUUGAUAGCAUUUAAUAGGAAAGCAGGCACAGUUUAUUUAAAAAGUACAAAUACUACUAGUCUACUCUUCCUAUCUCCUAUCAGUUCCCCCCUUCCUGCCAACCCCCAAAAAUCUGUGGGAAUGAGAGAAGAGUCCUGCUUUCUGCCCAGUGUUAUGGUAAUUUCCUAGAUGCGAACUGUCUGGUGAUUACCAGAGGCUCUGUUAAGGACGAAAGCUUUUCUCAGAGGCCUGGAUCUGCCUGAGGCGUCUCUUGAGUCUUUCUGCACAAUAGGGGCGGACACAAAAGCCCAGAGAGAUCAUCUGGCUUAUUAAACAAUUGCUGGAAAUGGGGAAGGGGGCGAGGGGGGCAGGCUUGUUCAAGAGCCGCCGGAGGAGGAUCUGUGAAGAGGGGGCUGGCGUCUCUGGCCACCAGUGGACUGUGCGCUGCUCCGAUCAGAGCUGCACCUGGCUGCUGCGCUAAGUUGCAAAGAGCCCUUGGAGCCUGAUGGAGCCCAGCGAUCAAAGGGGAUUCCCCUAAAUUAGCGUGCUCCUGGGUCUGGCCUGUCUCAAAGGAACUGAGGGGUUUGGGGAAGGGAAGGGGCAUGUUGGUGUGCUUGCAGUCGGUCCAGUCGGCUCUUUACAGACACUUCAGAUUACAGACUCCGCUAACCCAGAAAUAGUACUUCGGGUUAAGAACUUUGCUUCAGGACGAGAACAGAAAUGGCGUGGCGGCAGCAGGAGGCCCCAUUACCUAAAGUGGUACCUCAGGUUAAGAACAGUUUCAGGUUAAGAAUGGACCUCCAGAAUGAAUUAAGUUCUUAACCCGAGGUACCACUGUUGUUGGCUUAGUUCCAGUGUAGGAUUGGUACCUUGCAAAGAGGAAGUAGGCCCGUCACCUAGGCAACCUGAAGAGCAGACUGAGGCUCCACUGCCAGCCCAGGGACUCUGAUGACCCUUUCUUUGAGAAUGGUCAGCACGCAAAGAAAGAGGGGAAGGCCUCAUUUGUGGAGCUGCAGAGAAAAGAUGCUGAGUAGCUGCUGGCUUCUGAGGACAAUGUGGCAGUGGUGGCUGUGACUUUAAUUUUUUGACAAUUUUAUUUCUACACUGUUUGUGGUGUAGUGGUUAAGAGCGGUAGACUCGUAAUCUGGGGAACCGGGUUUGUGUCUCCGCUCCUCCACAUGCAGCUGCUGGGUGACCUUGGGCCAGUCACACUUCUCUGAAGUCUCUCAGCCCCACUCACCUCAGAGUGUUUGUUGUGGGGGUGGAAGGGAAAGGAGAAUGUUAGCCGCUUUGAGACUCCUUCGGGUAGUGAUAAAGCGGGAUAUCAAAUCCAAACUCUUCUCUUCCAACCAUAUCUCACUGGUCUUCAAGCAACACUAUGAAGUAGUCCCUUGAGCAGAGAUGGUGAGCAGAGAUGUUUUGGAACCACUAAUCCAUUUAAGGCACCUUGAGGCUGCACCUUCUGGCUUAGAUGGCAUUGUCUCCCUUCUGCGGGAGGGGCUGGUGGAGCUGGAUAUGGUCAUUAGCCUGUGACGACAUUCUCUCUGCGUUCCCACUGUGCCUCUUGACCAGCCUGCACUCUGGGUUUUCAAAGGCCAGUGGCCUGCCUUUGCCCUCUGACUUCCUUGUCUCAUCAGCUGGUGCUGGGAGAGAACAGCUGUCUAUCACAGGGAGAAAAGGCAUUGAUCAUGGCAGUUUCGUACAGAACAGUGCUGGGAAGGGAAGCUUCAUUGACUUUUGAGACAUAGUGACCCCACCUGUGCUCUUUGAAGCUGAUGUCUGCAAAUCAAAAAAGCAUCCAGGCAUUGCUAAAUGCUCAAAUGGUGUCAAAUGUUUAUGUUUGCAAUAGGAGGCCCUCAAAUCUUACUUUGGAACACGGGGUACAUAAUUCAUGUCCUUCUGGGAGGGGUGCUUUUCCCCAGACUAUGUCUGCAGGGGCGGAGGGGUACAUCAGGAAUCGGAUGCCCUUGACAGCUCUGUUUGAGGACAGCAGGUCUCUUUGGGAACUGAAAAGGCUAAAACUGCUUAAUAUACCAGUAUUACACACAGAGAGAGAGAGAGAGACAGACACAGACACAGAGAGAUUAAGAGGCAUUUAACUAGCAGCAUCCUUGUUAGUCCCUGUGGGUGUGAAGGGAUUGACCAUAAGAAGAACCACAGAGAAGCUAGAGGACUCAGCGGAAAAAGUUACAGUCACAGACAAGGUUUUGUAAAUAAAUUUGAAUGGCGAAGCCUUGCAGUUUGGUGUAAACCAGGGAGCAGGAGAUGCUUUGUAAUGCAUACCAAGAAUAUUGGGCUCCAGUAUGUUCCUUUUCAUCUUGAAAUGCGAAGGGGCACAUGUGAGUCCAGGGCUCAGUGCCAUCUGGUUCACAUGUAACACUAAGCCAAACCAUGGCUUAGCAUGAACACGCAGAUACUCAGAGAGGAAACCCCUCCUGCUUUACUCCUCCUCCAGCCGUGCUGCUGUGCUCCAGUGAGCUAAUCCAUGGUUUGGCUUAGCAUGUUGUCUGUUCUCAUGGUUUGGGGCCACUCCAGGCAAAACACAAACUGUCACCAAGGUUUGUUUUUGGUUUACAGCUAAUGGCUUGCCUAGAAGAGGGAAACCACAAGCCUGGGUUCGGUGACAUGCAAAUCCAAACCAUUGCUUAACUCGCAGCAGCAGCCACAGAACUGCAGAAGGGCCAAAAGAAUCACCAUCUCCUCUUUGUGAGCCUGGACACUUGUGUGUUCUCAAUAAAGCAUGAUUUGGCUUAGUGUUGCAUGCCAGGUGAGGCUGUGGCUUGUUCCCAGUAUCGCGAUAAGCCAUCAUUUACCUUGAUUCUGAAUGCAGCCUCUGUGUGUUCACUACUUUAAACUCUGUUGUGUAUCUCUCAUUGCUUAUUCAUCCAAACCAGCCUCAUGAUCCGAGGUCACUGUUUGUUUCAACUUCUGGAGAUAAGGAGCUAAGGGCUGUGUGCCGUGCCUUCAUCCUGAUCUUAAAAUUACAGCUGUAAGCCAGGCAUUAAUCCAUUUCAUUGGCGGUUUAAUGAAUUAAAGUUUGAUUAACAAAUUUGAAUUGACGGGGUUCCACGUAAAGGAGCACAUUGUUGCUUUUCAAGCCUGUUUUGUUCUGGGAUGUUGCUGUAAUGGUGGCUGGAAAAGGAAGUAUUAAGCAUCGCCCUUAAGUGUUGUUUUUGUGGUAAACUACUCAUAUAAAUAUUAUUGCUGUACUAUGGUACCUACAGUUAUGAACUUAAUUCGUUCCGGAGGUCCGUUCUUAACCCGAAAUCAUUCUUAACAUGAGGCGCACUUUUGCUAAUGGGGCCUCCCGUUGCUGCUGCGCCCAUAGCGCGCGACUUCUGCUCGCAUGCUGGAGCAAAGUUCGCAACAAGGAGCAUCUACUUCCGGGUUAGGGGAGCUCGUUACCCAAAACGUUCAUAAGGAGGACGGUACGUAACCUGAGGUUCCACUGUACAUUCAUCUCAAUUUUUGCACACCACCCUGCAGCUCAGGUGUUUUUAGCCAUGUGGAAGAUCCUUCUGGCUUGCAGUCUCUGACUUUUGUGGGCCCUGGCUUCAUAUUAAUAUACUUUUCUAUAGCCCCACAAGGGACAGAAACUUUGUUUUUUUUUUAAAAGGAAAGCAAUGGAAUCGGGGGAUUCUGAGAGAAGUGAAAAUUCAUUCUGUGGAGCAAUGGCAAGAUCAGCUAGAACAGAUUCAUACACCAUCUCAGCAUUCCUCUCUUCCACUUUCUUCCCUUUCUGUUUUUUCCUCCGUUCUGGGUUUAGAGAGGAACAAGGCAGACUGAGGGCAAGCAGAGCCAAGCUGCAGAGCUGUGGAAGGAAAAGAAAAAAGAUAUCUUUGUGCUCUCCAAACAAAUGUUGGGUUUUGUGGCAGCUGCUUCUCAUCUGUUCUCAAGCUUGGGAUUCUCCGGACGGCAAACUAAUAACAGCAGACUUCCCUGAAGCCAACCUUUCCCGGCAAUGGGGCCAUUUUUUAUAACUUUUUAACACCAGCAUGCCAGAACUUGAAAGGGUUGUAUUGUCCCAAGCUCUGUUCCCUUGUGAUAACAGGCUCAAAAGGGUAGAUGGGGGAGCUCAACUUCUAAGGUUCUGGACAGAACCCUGCAUAGAGGAGGAAUAACAGUGGAGCUGAGAGGGGGCCUGUUUGGGUGAUACUUUGCUCCUGGGGCACAGUUUGGGAGUGAUGGGGGAGAAGCUCUCUGUUCUGCACACCACUCCCUCGUGCCUCUCACCAGAACAAGUGAACUGGCAAGUGCAGCGUUGUGUCCCUUGCCCAAGUUCAUGUUGUUCAGUUUACCAUGGGCAGGGAGGAAGCGUGCAGGUCAAAAGGCCCACACUCGCUCCCCUCCCGUUGAUGUUCCCAAGGUCAAAGUGCCACGCAAGCAGCCCCAAGGUGAGCCAAGGCAGGCCUCGUGCCAACAUGCAGUAUCCCUGGCCCCAGAGCCCUGGUAGGGUCAAUUGCUCACAUCUCCUCACCAGCCCCAGUCAUCAUGGCCAAUGGUCAAGGACAGUGGAAGCUAUACUCCAGCAACAUCUGCAGAUCAUGGGUUCCUCACCCUGAUCUAGACCUCUUUCCUCCAGCCCUGGACUUUAUCAGCCCUGUUACCUGAGAUAGUUCCAGCUGAAGAUACCAAGAACUGAGCAUUUAUUCUACCACUGAGAAGGCUGGCUCUGAUCUGGCAGGCUCUGCUCUGUAAAAGGUUUGAGAUUGCAGUCAAGAGCCCAAGCCUAAUGGCAAUCCUUCUCCUUCCUUUCUCAAAUAAUGUCAUAUAAUCAUAGAAUCAUAGAGUUGGAAGAGACCACAAGGGCCAUCGAGUCCAACCCCCUGCCAAGCAGGAAACACCAUCAGAGCACUCCUGACAUAUGGUUGUCAAGCCUCUGCUUAAAGACCUCCAAAGGAGACGACUCCACCACACUCCUUGGCAGCAAAUUCCACUGUCGAACAGCUCUUACUGUCAGGAAGUUCUUCCUAAUGUUUAGGUGGAAUCUUCUUUCUUGUAGUUUGGAUCCAUUGCUCCGUGUCCGCUUCUCUGGAGCAGCAGAAAACAACCUUUCUCCCUCCUCUAUGUGACAUCCUUUUAUAUAUUUGAACAUGGCUAUCAUAUCACCCCUUAACCUCCUCUUCUCCAGGCUAAACAUGCCCAGCUCCCUUAGCCGUUCCUCAUAAGGCAUCGUUUCCAGGCCUUUGACCAUUUUGGUUGCCCUCCUCUGGACACGUUCCAGUUUGUCAGUGUCCUUCUUGAACUGUGGUGCCCAGAACUGGACACAGUACUCCAGGUGAGGUCUGACCAGAGCAGAAUACAGUGGCACUAUUACUUCCCUUGAUCUAGAUGCUAUACUCCUAUUGAUGCAGCCCAGAAUUGCAUUGGCUUUUUAGCUGCCGCGUCACACUGUUGGCUCAUGUCAAGUUUGUGGUCAACCAAGACUCCUAGAUCCUUUUCACAUGUACUGCUCUCAAGCCAGGUGUCCCCAUCUUGUAUUUGUGCCUCUCAUUUUUUGGCCCCAGUGCAAUACUUUACAUUUCUCCCUGUUAAAAUUCAUCUUGUUUGUUUUGGCCCAGUUCUCUAAUCUGUCAAGGUCGUUUUGAAGUGUGAUCCUGUCCUCUGGGGUGUUAGCCACCCCUCCCAGUUUGGUGUCAUCUGCAAAUUUGAUCAGGAUGCCCUUGAGUCCAUCAUCCAAGUCGUUGAUAAAGAUGUUGAAUAAGACCGGGCCCAAGACAGAACCCUGUGGCACCCCACUAGUCACUCUUCUCCAGGAUGAAGAGGAACCAUUGAUGAGCACCCUUUGGGUUCGGUCAGUCAGCCAGUUACAAAUCCACUGAGUGGUAGCAUAGUCAAGACCGCAUUUUACCAGCUUCUUUACAAGAAUAUCAUGGGGCACCUUGUCAAAUGCCUUGCUGAAAUCAAGGUAGGCUACAUCCACUGCGUUCCCUUCAUCUACCAGGCUUGUAAUUCUGUCAAAAAACGAGAUCCGGUUAGUCUGACAUGACUUAUUUUUCAGAAAUCCAUGCUGACUAUUGGUGAUCACAGCAUUCCUUUCUAGGUGCUCACAGACUGUUUGCUUAAUGAUCUGCUCCAGAAUCUCCCCUGGUAUUGAUGUCAGACUGACUGGGCGGUAAUUAUUUGGGUCCUCUCUUUUCCCCUUUUUGAAAAUAGGGACAACAUUUGCCCUCCUCCAGUCUGCCGGGACUUCGCCUGUUCUCCAGGAAUUCUCAAAGAUGACUGCCAGUGGUUCUGAGAUCACAUCUGCCAGUUCUUUUAAUACUCUUGGAUGCAGUUCAUCUGGCCCUGGAGACUUGAAUACAUCUAAACUAGCCAAGUAUUCUUGUACUAUCUCCUUAGUUAUUCUGGGCUGUGUUUCCUUUGCUGAAUCAUUUGCUCCAAAUUCUUCAGGUCGGGCAUUGUUUUCUUUAUCGGAGAAGACUGAGGCAAAGAAGGCAUUGAGGAGUUCAGCCCUUUCUGUGUGCCCUGUUUGCAUUUCACCGUCUUCUCCUCUGAGUGGACCCCACUGUUUCUUUGUUCUUCCUUUUGCUACGAACAUACCCAUAAAAGCCUUUUUUGUUGCUUUUAACCUCUCUAGCAAGCCUGAGUUCAUUCUGUGCUUUAGCUUUUCUGACUUUGUGUCUACACGUGCUGGCUAUUUGUUUGAAUUCCUCUUUGGUGGUUUCCCCCUUUUCCAUUUUUUGUACACAUCCUUUUUUAAUCUUAACUCAGUUAAAAGUUCUUUAGAUAGCCACCCUGGCUUCUUUAGGCACCUUCCAUGUUUCCGUCUCAUUGGUAUUGCCUGACGUUGUGCUUUUACAAUCUCCCUCUCCCAGCCAAAGGGAGGCUUCCAGCCAUCAUGAACUCCCUUUCCUUUUAGUAUUACUGUCCAUGGGAUCUCACCCAGCACUUCCCUAAGUUUUAUGAAGUCAGCUUUCUUAAAGUCAAGAAAUUGAGUCCUAGUAUGCUUGGCUGCUCCUUUCCGCUGUAUAGUAAACUUCAGAAGAGCAUGAUCACUCGCGCCUAAUGAUCCUUCCACUUCUACCCCACUAACCAGGUCAUCAACAUUGGUUAGGACCAGAUCUAAAAUGGCUGUUCCUCUUGUUGCUUCUCCCACUUUCUGGACAACGAAGUUGUCUGCAAGGCCAGUGAAGAAUCUGUUUGACCUUAUGCUCUUGGCUGAGUUUGACAUCCAACAAAUAUCCGGGUAAUUGAAGUCCCCCAUUACUACUAUCUCCCUUCCUUUUGCAUGCUUGGCCAUCUGUUCCAGGAAGGCAUCAUCUAUGUCCUCCGUUUGAAUCAUAUAAUCAUAGAAUCAUAGAGUUGGAAGAGACCACAAGGGCCAUCGAGUCCAACCCCCUGCCAAGCAGGAACCCCCUGCCAAGCUUGGGGUCAAAUAAUUUUGGCAUCAGAUUCCAGCCUAGGAUGCUGCCUCCCUCUUAUUUUCAGCAGGAGUUAAUUUAGAGUUGUAGGGAGGCAAAUAAUUCAGCAAAUGGCUCAUCAGUAUCCCAAGCACCAAAGUCAGGUUUCUGUCAAUUAAUGGCUAAAAUGAUGGAUUCCACCAGAAAAAGAGGAAGAAGCUUUGUUGUAUUUGCUGUUUCUUCCUUGAGUGUUGCAUUGUGCUGAAUAUGGGGAAUAAAAUUCAUAUUUAGGCAGCCUAAAGACCCAGAAAAUCUGUGUUGUGUUACACCACAAAUAGCUAACAUUGGUAAGCAAUUGGUAACUUUUAUGAGCUUACAGGAUUUUUCUACCUUCAUAUUUGGUGUGCAAGGUAGGCAUGGGGGGGCAGAGUCCAACUAACUAGAUAGGUUUUAAGAUACUAAAGGGGAAAAGGUGGGAGCCUUGUUUCAGAAACUGUAGAAUCAAAACACCUCUCCAUUUUGGAAUAUGAAUUCCAAACGCUUUUGAAUUACAGUGGUACCUCAGGUUACAGACGCUUCAGGUUACAGACUCCGCUAACCCAGAAAUAGUACCUUGGGUUAAGAACUUUGCUUCAGGAUGAGAACAGAAAUCCUGAAACUUUACUUCAGGAUGAGAACAAAAAUCGUGCUCCGGCAGUGCGGCAGCAGCGGGAAGCCCCAUUAGCUAAAGUGGUACCUCAGGUUAAGAACAGUUUCAGGUUAAGAACGGACCUCCAGAACGAAUUAAGUUCUUAACCCAAGGUGCCACGGUAUUGAAUAUUGUUCCACAAGAUUUAUUUGUCACAUGCUGCCCUGGACUCCAGAAGACGGUGGGAUAUAAAUGUAAAGAAUCAUAGAUUCUGCAAUGCAGAAGUCUCAGCUAAAGCAUCCAGGACAGAGGGCCACCCAACCUCUGCUUUAAAACCUCCAAGGAAGGAGAGUCCACCUCUCUGCCUCUCGUGGGAGUCUAUUCCACUGUUGAACAGCUCUUACUGUCAGAAAGUUUUUCUGAAUGUUUAGUCAGAAUUUCCUUUCUUGUAACUUGAAGCCAUUGGUUCGAGUCCUACUCUCCAGAGCAGGAGGAAACAAGCUUGUCCCCUCUUCCAUGUGACAGCUCUUCAGAUAUUUGAACUUGGCUAUCAGAUCUCCUCUCCGUCUCCUCUUUUCCAGGCUAAACAUACCCAGCUCCUUCAACCAUUCCUCAUAAGGCUUGGUUUCCAGACCCUUGAUCAUCUCGUUCGCCCUCCUCUGCACAUUUUCCAGCUUAUCCACAUCCUUCUUAAUUUGUGGUGCCUAGUAUUACAGAUGUGGUCUGACCAAGGCAGAAUAGAGUGCUACUCUUACUUCCCUUGAUCUGUACACUAGAUUUCUGUUGAUGCAGCCUAGAAUAGAAUUAGCUUUUUUUGCUGCUGCAUCAACCUGUUGACUCAUGUUAAGUUUGUGGUCCACUAAGACCCCUAGAUCCUUUUCACAUGUACUGCUAGUAAGCCAGGUGUCCCCCAUCCUAUAUUUGUGCAUCUGGUUCUUCCUGCCUAAGUGCAGAACCUGACAUUUGUCCCUAUUGAAAUUCUUUUUUUUUUUUUUUAAGCUUGGGCUCAGUUCUCCAAUCUGUGAAGGUCAUUUUGAAUUCUGAUUCUGUCUUCUGCAGCAUUAGCCAGCCCCCCCCCCCCCCCGUUUGGUGGCAUCUGCAAAUUUUAUGAGCAUCCCCUCAAUUCCUUCAUCCAAGUAGUUUAUGAAGAUGUUGAACAACAAUGGGCCAAGGACAGAACCCUGCGGCACCCUGCUUGUCACUUUUCCCCAAGAUGACGAGGAACCAUUAAUGAGUGCACUUUGGGUUCAGUCAGUCAAUAAAUUCCAUUAAAUAAAAUAUUCCUACCCUCUUGCAGUAUGCCUUGGGAUAUCACCACCUGAAUUCACUUCAAAGUACAAUGUUGACGGGCAUAAAGGUAAUAUGGAGGUUGAAGUAAGUUUGAGUUGGUUAACCCAGCAAAAUCAGCUGUUUUUAUUCUACCUCUUUCAUCCUGAGUUAAAUGAUCAUGUAAGUAAUAGCAGAGUUGUGAUUGAUGGUGAGUCUGCCCCCCAGUUCAAUAAAGAAACCCAGCAAAUAACUCAUGAUGGUGAAAUGAGUGUUCCAGCCAAACACCGGUGACUUCCUUGUUUGCCAGGUCCUAUUUCUAGCAAACAAUAGAUGCGACAGUAAAACUGUUCUUAGAGUGUAUCAGUGCAGUUGUGGUGACAAGGUUAACUAUUUUCCCCUGGAAACAAUUCCUUUCAUGUGUCAGGCAAGAAAGCAAGAGUAGAACUCAUCUCCCUAAAAUCUACUUUUCAAUGUGCAUUUAAUUGUUUUUAUGGAGAAAUACUUAAACAUGCAAUCCCUGCCUCCUCACCUGCAAAUGAACCAAUGUAGUUCAGGGACAGUUUUACAACAUGCUGAUCUGCAUAUGUCUACAUUGCCCCACAAUUGUGCAAGGAAACCAAGAGCACUGAGCAAACAGUGACUUAAUGGGGAAGUUUAUAUCCAAGUGCGGUCAGGCUUUAAUCCUUUGCGUUGCUUUUAACCCCUGCUGCCUCUAUGCCCUCCUUGCUCUGAAGGCUGUAGAGCAGCCAGCUUGCCAGCUGCUGAGCUUCAGGUAGGUGCCCCUCCUGCCAGAGUUGGGUUUCCCAUCUCGUCCUGCCUUCUAGUCUUGGGCUGGGUCAGAUCUAGACGUUUGCCCAUUGUAGCACGAUGCUUUGUGGCUGCAGUUCAUUUCUGAUAACAAGUUUUUAAAAACAGAGCACUGUGUACAUUGAUGGCCCUGUGUCAGUAAUAAAAAUGGAAACCUCCUCCCCCAACCCUUGCUCCCUCCGCUCUUCCAAACGACCUGCAUGCCAGCUGAGGGCUGUGUUUUACAACUGUAGGAGGGAUGCCUUCUUCCCCAGUGUUUGCAUGCUGCCAGAGUAAUGCAUCUGCGAUAAACCACUCACACCUUGCUUCCCCCUUGUUUCCCCCCUCCCUCUCUGUCUCUUUGUCUCCUCUAACAUUUCCAGUUCUGCCCAAAGCAAGCAUUGAAGUGGAGUCUUAUUCAGCUCACCCUGGUGACCUCCUCCAGUUGCGCUGCCGGCUACGGGAUGAUGUGCAGAGCAUCAACUGGGUACGAGAUGGGGUCCAGCUCUCGGAGAACAACCGGACGCGCAUCACAGGGGAGGAGGUGGAGGUUAGGGACGCCGUGCCAGAGGACUCAGGGCUUUAUGCCUGCAUGACCAACAGCCCCUCUGGAAGCGAGACCACCUACUUCUCCGUGAACGUCUCAGGUUUGUAGCAGGCAACCGCAGGGACGAGGGGCAGCAAACUAGUGUUGGCAUUGCUCAGGCCCUCCAAAUGUUUCGGCACCCAUCAUCCCUGACCAUUGGCCAUGCAGGCUGGGGCUUACGGGAGUUGGAAUCCAAUAAAACCUGGAAGGCCACAGGUUCCCCACCUCUAGCACAGCAGAUAGUAUCCAGUCUGGCUGCAAGGAAACCCCAUUCUGGAUUCUUGGUCUUCAGCAAGUCUCACUGCUUCUCAGCUUAAUCUGCCUCUUGCAGGGUUGUUUGGGGUGUUGCUCAAUUAUUCCCAUGCAAAGUGCUUGAGUGCAAGUCACCUGCUCUGACUCAAGUUCUUCCUUGGAUCUAAUGUAUGAGGGAGCUGUAUGAGGGAGUAGUUCCAAGGCGCAUCUUUGAUGGCAUCUUUGCAGGCUUUUUUCCUUGCUGGUAGACCAGCAGGUGAAGACCAGGCCUUCCCCUCCUCUGAUGGAGCUCAGACCUCCAUCACCUUGUAGUUCCUGGAGAGGCGGCUUCCUCUUGCUCCUUUCUUGGCUGCUGGUCCCAGAGUGGUUGCAGGAGGCUUCCUUAGGUGCUGUUAUAGUCCAGGCCUCCGUGGAAAUUUUCCAACUGGAUUGACUGUCCACCAACAAAGCCAAGAACAGGGAUGGAGUUGUUGUCCAUUCAAAAGACAGCACAGCUAUUAAGAGCAGGGCAAAAGUGUGCUCGCUCAUGUCAAAGGAAUUACUUACACCUAAUAGAUUCCCAGGAUAGUCACAGUACAAUGAGCACACAUCUAAGGCAGGAAGUGCCAAUUGUGCUUCCAGGAGAGUGUUUCAGAUUUUGUUCAGUUGUGCUUGAAGGUGCCACAGAGACUGGCAAACCCAGUUUGAGGAGAAGCUAUGGUGGAGCGGAAAGCAUUGGGCAUGAUGUGGUCAUCAUGGCUCUACAGUGCCAACUGUAUAAAACUCCAUUUUUUGAGAAUCUUUGUUUUUCUUUUAUUUAGGCUCAAGUUUAUAGUCCUUAUGGCUACAAAGUGGGCAAAUCCUGCCAAAAGCUCAGACAGCAGGGUGGGGUAAUUGAAUAAGAAUUCCAUUGGUUGUGAGUAAAGUUUCAGCUUUCUGCCUUGUUCUGUUCUUCUUCCCACAAAUAAUUCCUUGCGGAAUGAGGGAUUACACAGAUUUGUUUCAGUAGUAUAGUGUGCCAGGAUACCACAUUUCACAAUACAACUGUGGGUUGUAUUCAACUAAGUCUGGCUCUGAGUAGACCUAUUGAAGAGACUAUGACAAGUUUAACUUCAGUGGAUCUACUCUGAGUAGGACUAACACUGAGUCCCACUCUGGCUGCAGAUUGAAGGGUGGGGAAAUCUCUUUGCUGACUCUCAUGGCCAUUGCAAGGUUGUAUCUAGACAGGCAAUUUAUCACAAGAUAAAACUGUUCUUGGGCCACCCUGCUUCAAAUUUCUGAUAGCAGACUGGGGAUGAGGAGAAUCUUUCAUUUCAGAACACCUUCCCAUUUUUAAAAACAGAUAGCAAAGGAGAACUCUAGACAUCUCGUGACAAGCUAUGGAUUUCCCCCUCCCUCCCCCCAUACGUAAAUAAAUCCAGAAGCAUGUGAUCUUCUGUCUCCAGUCUGAGAUGGUAUGACCCAGACUAAUUCUUUCCUGUGCUGAGCUGUUUAUCUCAAGCUGAUAGGGUUGCUGAUCAAUACAGAGUGACAGACGAGAUACUCCUGAAAGGAUAUUGAAUGACCAACUCAACCACAAGAUCCACAGACUUUGACUGGCUUUGGGAGCCAGCCAGAAUGUCUGCUUGAGACAUGGUGGAAGGCCAGGAGGCCAACAGUAGGGGGAGCCAAUGACAGGCAGAGCCAACUCUUUCCAGUUGUGUCCCCCAUCCCCACUCCUCACCUGCUGAGUUUUCCAGGGCAACCUGCCAGCCACUGGCAUUUUCUGGACUGGCAGGAAGCAGGCAGGCAGGUGAGGAGUGGUAAGGCCCUAUCCCUACCACAAGGAGCCUGUCAGAGUUCCUAAAAGCAGAAAGAAGGGCUUGUCCAAACAUAACUUUCAUCCGCUCCUUCCAGGCACAGCCUGCACUUUUAAGCUCCGUGUGAGAGCUUUUCCCACAAAAACCGUCUCUCUAGUACUCCAUUGGAGCAUACAGUAAUCCAUGGGAAAUCCAAAUGGACAUUUGCUCUGAUUGAGUACUAAAAAGCUGUGCCUGGAAAGAGAUGGGCAAAAAGUAAGUAAGUGUGGAUGAACUCAAAGCCCCCAAGGCCAGCAAGUUUGCCUGCAGGGGGUCAUCUCAGAAUGAAGAAUGAAAAAAAGGGGCAAGCUGGGAAGUACAUUGGGGGCCCCAGUCCCACUCAUGUAUUCCUCAGUGGUGUCCUGGGAUUUUCUUUCUCCUCCCAUGUCCCACUUAUUUUCAUACCAAGCAGCCCAACAGAUCCAGGUACUCAGGACAGAUUCCCCUAUUAUAAUUUCUGUCCUGCCAUCUUGGUGCAAAAGCACCAUUCAGGGCAGCAUACAACAUUUAACCAUGGGAAUUCUACCAAAACAACAUUUCACCAAGGAGUCAGGGGUCAGCAGUUAAAAUCAAAACAUAAACACAUUAGCCGUCAUAUUCAGAAAAGGCCUUCUGGAAUAAAACUGUAUUCAACAAGCAGAGCAAAAUGGGGAGGGAGCCACGCACACUUCACAAUCUGGGUGCAGCCACUGCAAAGGAUCUCUCUCUCUCUCUCUUUCUACUCAAAUGUUCUUUCACCCUAGAUGAGAUGCAGAGAAGAGUGGCCCAUGAUCUUAGGGAGGGGCAAGAGGUACCUAAGGCAUGCAGGACUUUAAAAGUGAUCACCAAAACUUUGAAUUGGGUCUGGAAGCAAAUAGGUAAUGAGUGCAGUUGUAUGAUUGGUGUAACUAAUACCAAUUGUAGUAACUAAUUGGUGUAACUUGCCACAGGCAAGUGCCCACCAUUAUCCUUGUUGAGGAAGGUAAAUGUGUGGGGCUCAGAGAGCCAGCUUCCCUUCUCCUGCAUCAUUGCAGGCUAGCAUGCUGCCCACUCAAAAAUGAUUCCAGCCACUUCCUUUUCUAGAUGCUCUUCCAUCUGCUGAAGAUGAUGACGAUGAUGACGAUUCUUCCUCGGAGGAGAAGGAGGCAGAUAACUCCAGACCAAAUCGUACGUGUGACAUUAAUCAGUUAAUGUAACUUGUCAGUUACGAACACAGCCAGGAUUUUUAUUUUUCAAAUUCUCUUGGUAGCAGUGAUGCUUUUCCAGCUGGAAUCUGUCCAUUGGCAAUAUUCUAUGAAGCCUGUAAUGCCUUUCUUUUUUUGCCCUUGAAGUGUCCUAAACCUACUUAGCAAUGCUUCCACCUCCUGUGGGGGAUCAGUUACUCAUUCUCCCUCGGUGGUGGGGAGUGUGGCUCUUGCAACCCCUUCCAGCCUCUGGGCCACCCUCUCAUGCCCAGUGGCCAGCAGGUUCCUAGUGCCCCCCGGUAGGCUAGGUAGGAAACAGGCACCCAGAGUGCUGGCAAAGACCUCGUCUUCUCCCUCAGCAGUAAAUUGUCCCUUCUGAGAGUAGAGCAACAGAAGUGGGACAGGAUUAAUUCCACAGUGGCACCUGAUUUGGGGGACCAAGAAAGCUGGGCAAGUGUCCCAUUUUCAACAUCUAGAAGUUGCUUCCCUUGAGCAGCUGUCCUGGGGGUGCAGGGAGCCAGAACUCAGCGGCCAGCAGGGCUCCUAAUUCAAUUGUGAAGGGAGAAUUGGGCUACUUUCUAGUUACGGGAUGUGUUCUUCCUGGUGCCAUGAGCUUUUCCCCCUUCACGAUGUGCUAAAUAUUGAUAAGCCCCAACUUACUCGCAUAUCUGUCUCUCUGUCUGUUUUUUUGUGGUGGGGGUGGUCUCCUGUAGAAGCCAUUCCGCCUUACUGGACGUACCCUGAGAAGAUGGAGAAGAAGCUUCAUGCUGUUCCCGCUGCCAAGACCGUGAAGUUUAGGUGCCCCUCAAGUGGGACACCCACUCCUUCGCUGCAUUGGCUGAAGAAUGGCAGGGAAUUCAAGCCUGACCAUCGUAUAGGUGGAUAUAAGGUAGGAUCCCUGCUUGUCUGGAGAUCAGAGGCAGAUCUGAGAAUAUAGAAAGGGGCAAUUCCUGCUCCUGUGCAGAGACUUUAAACUCUGUUGUGCUGUUUGCUAUUCUGGUCUGUUUUUUCUUCAUUGUCUACCCCUCUGAAUUAAAACCAAUUUGCCAUGCUUGUGUUCAAAAUAUGGGAUUUCUUUGAAGCGUCCACCAAAGAUGCUUUUGUUGCUGAAGAGACAAACUGUUUUUGUUAAGUUGAAAUGGGUUGCCUCUUCAGCAGGUGGUGGAAACUUAAAAACAGACAAACAUUUUUUUCAGUAUUUGCAUUUGUUACUCUCAUUAUAACCUCAGAGCCCAUCUGAUAAUAUAUCAGAGCCUACUAAUGGCUCCCUGGACCACCAUUUAAGCUCUAGUUUUCUCUUAUUGUUUACUGUAAUAUUAGGGCGCUAAUAACCAUUGAGGUCAUAAUCCUAUGCUUUUGAGUGGAUUUUUAAGAGUCUUUCCAGGGAGAGCAGACCACCGAUGGACACCCCUUGUUGUCGGGGCCCAUCUCAGAUGCCACGAGUCCAGUAGGCCUAGAGUUACCUGGCCACCAAGAGACAAUAUCGUUCCACAUCACAAGGUUAGCCACCUAUCCCGACAUGGCUAUCCCGACACGAUUCUGUGAUCUCAUGGGGGCAGAGAUCCAUAACUUUCGCGUCGGCCUGUUGCCACCUACACUGUCUAGGGGCUAGAGUACCAGAUUCGGUGGAGAUUAGAGGGCAGAGGUCUUAGGCUCCUCACGGGGGAAGAAGGACAAUUGCCCCCACCAUACAAGGCUUACAGAGAUGUGUUCUGUGAGAAGGAAGCGGACAGACUGCCCCCCCCCCCAGGCCUUACGACUGCAAAAUCGACUUGUUGCCGGGGGCUCAGCUACCCAACAGCCGGCUGUACUCCACGUCAGAGGUGGAGUUGGCAGCAUUAAAUGAAUUUCUGGAGAAGAAUUUGUCAUGCGGCUUCAUCCGUCCAUCCAAAGCCCCAGAGGGUGCCCCUGUGCUCUUCGUGAAGAAAUGUAACACCUCAGAGUUGAGGCCUUGCAAUGACUACAGGCUUCUGAACAAGGUACCAGUCCCCAAUCGCUAUCCCCUGCCACGCAUCGGGGACCUGCUGGAGAGGUUGAGAUUGGCAAAGAUCUUCACUAAGCUCGACUUGAGGGGGGCUUACUACCUGAAACGGGUGACAGCGGGAGAUGAGUAGAAGACCACCUUCUGUGCAAGAUACAGCAGUUUUGAGUACUUAGUCAUGCAAUUUGGAUUGCAAUUGGGAACUGUGACGUUCCAGGCGUUCAUCAAUCAUGUGUUGGGGGGUCUGGUGGACUCUACAGUGUUGUGUUAUCUAGAUGAUCUUUUGAUUUAAGAGCAUGUAAAACAUGUGAAAGAGGUGCUGCAGUGGCUCAGAUAAAAUUGGUUGUAUGUCAAGUUAGAAAAGUGUCAGUUCCAUGUGACAGAGGUGGAGUUAUUGGGCUACCACAUCACCCCUGAGGAAGUACACAUGGAUCCCGCCAAGGUGCAGGCAGUGGUGAUGUGGCAGGAACCCAGAACCAAGAAAGACUUGCAACAAUUCCUGGGUUUUGUGAACUACUACCGUAAGUUCAUACCAAGAUAAUCAGGGCUGACGGCUCCUCUCAUGGACUGCUUAAGAGGUAAGAGAUCCUGCCAGUGGACGAAAGAGGCACAGAGGGUGUUUGAGAGCCUCAAGGCCAUGUUUGCCUCAGAAGAGUACCUAGCGCAUCCCGACCCACACUGACAUAUGAUAGUAGAGACUGACGCAUCUGACAGGGCAUUGGGGGCAGUGCUACUGCAAGAGGAUGAGAACGGGGCCAUCAGACCGUGUGCCUUCCACUUGCGCAAGCUGACGCCAUCAGAGCAGAACUACACCAUAUGAGAGAGGGAAUUGCUUGCUAUCUGGCACGCUCUGGAAACGUGGCGACAUUUCCUAAAGGGCGCGCAACAUCAGGUUAUAGUGCGCACCAACCACAGGAAUCUUGAACACUGGCAGACGGCUGGACACCUUAACCAGAGGCAGAUCAGGUGGGCGCAGUUCUUUGCCAGAUUCAACUUUAGAGUGCAGUAUGUGUCGGGUCCUCAGAAGCAAAGAGCAGACCCUCUUUCCCGGAAGCCAGAAUAUCAGGGAGAGGAGGUUGCCCCGGUGCAGAGGCACAUUCUCUCUUCUUCUUUUUUUUUUAAUGAUAUUUAUUGAAAUUUUUUUAGAAUUACAAAAGAAAACAAGGUAGAAAAAGAAAAAGAAAAAACAAAGAAAAAGCAAACCACAUCAAACAAUACAAAUUAAUCAAAAAAUAAAAAUAUACCACAAAUAUUUAAAAACAAAUCCAUUAUUCUCAAAUCCUUAACUAUCAUUACCUUCUUUCUUUGACCUCCUCCUCCUCCCUUUUUUUGUAUCCUAGUUGUUAAUUGUCGCAGCAAAUCCUUUCCAUAUUUCAUAAUAUUCUGUCAUUACAUUACCUUAAUCUAUUUUAAUCUUAUCUUACUAUAAAAAACCUUAAAACCUAAAACUUAAAUCUUAUUUUUACCAACUUCUCAUAACCAUAAUAUUCCUACAUAAUUCUUUAAACAUUUUUGCUAAAGCCAAAUAAUUUCGUUCCAACAUUUUUCUAACAUUCAUCAGUUUUAUAAAACAAUCCUAAUAAUAAAAAAGAAAUAAAAAAACAAUCCAAUCUUCAUCCAGCGUCUCUUCCUCCUGGUCCCGGGUUUUGUCAGUCCUUUUUAUCUCAUCAAUCUAGCGCAUUAACCUGGUAAUCUUAUAUCCGAGGCCCUUAAGUCCCUUCCAUGUCCCUUCCGCGGCUCUUCUUCAUAUUUAUAACUGUAUUUUCCUUUGUCUCCUGCUCCUUUCACUCGUGGGAACUCCAGCUUAGCAAUGUUUUUGACCCUUCUCGACAAAUCAGCCCUUUUCCAUAGUCCACACUAAACUCCAUGUGGUAUUUAAGAACAUGUUUCAAAGUCUCUCCAAAAUUAAGAGCCCCCACAACCCCAAACAUCUCACGGCCCAUUGCCAGACUUGAAAAGUCCAAACAUCCCUGCAUAGGGGGGUCUAUCCAACCCCCCAUUUCCAAACCAAACCAAACUUUAUCUUUCCAAAUCUGGCUUUUUCCAAGUUCAUUUGUCAAAUCCAAAAGCUCAUGUUCCUGCUGGGCCACAGCUCCCUCCAUCUCUGGCGCCCAAGAUUCAGCAACAUCCUCUUCCCUCAUCUGUUCUGUCAGGGCACACUCCUGAGUUAAUUCCUGAGUGGGCUGCAUAUAAUUUCCCACUGCCUGUUCAAAAUUCUUGAUUGCAUCAGUCAUCAAGUCCGUCUUCUCAUGUAGCUGUUCCAGUAGGGCACUUGUUUUACAGUGAGCACACAGCAGAGCUUCUGAAUACAUUGUCCGGCAAGGUCAGAAGUCUAUUCCCACGAUCGUAAUCUGUAACAGCUGCAAGCUCCCCGAUUCAGAAUUAGUUACAGUUUCACAGGCUCCCUCUAGGGGAAAAACUUCUAUUUGUUCUUUUCUUUUAAAGACAAAUCUAACAACAAAGUUUCCUUUUUCAGAUAUUUUGUCAAUAUUUGUUCCUUUAAAAUGCGAAGGGGAACAAUGGAAUCACUAUGUUUCUCUUCUUUUAGCUAUCUGUCAAAAACGUUUGUCUCUGGUCAAUGAGCUUCAAAAAACGUCAGUCCUGACACCCCGCUCCAGGAUCAAGACGGUGGAAAGUUACUUUACUUUACACUCACUUCUGCAGGUUUAAACAGUUCAGAAAAACCCCCCCCUCUUCUCCUGCUUCCGAAGGGGGUUCCACAAUCUUAAAUGAUGAAAGUUAGUCCUUUACAAGCGAUUUUCUGAGCUCUAGUUUGCCAUGUCUUUGCUUUAAUCUAUCUACAAAGAAACGGAAGGGUGACUUCCUGUUUAGACCUUCCCGUUUCAGUGCCAUAUUGAAGUAAACUUUUAAGUUCAAUUUUCCUUUCUGCAUGCAAGUCCUUAUUUAGAGUCCAAUUGUCCAAAAUUUAAGUACUCACAGGUGAUUGUUUUAGAAGCCAAAUUGUCCCAGGAAAAAGGCAGCGCUCUCCGGCAACGGCUGUGCGGCUUCGCUCCACGGAAGAAGCAGUUGACUCUCAGCACCGCGCCACUUCCCCUCUUCGCUCCGGAGCCCGUUAGUGGGUUCCUUUGUGGGUUGGGGGGGCGCUAAAGGUGCCCGCCGAGUCCCAUGGUCACAGGCUUCAUCCGUCUGUGAUUUUUGAAAGGGUCCCCGCUUCGCCGUAGCGUGAAAGACCCGUUUCCCGUGGAGCUGGUCCCUCCAGAUCAGAGGGAAUCCGCCAUUACCGAUGGCGCCACCCCAAGCUGGAACAGAUACAGUUAGCAGCGGUUUCAGUAGCCAAGACGCCCGACUUCCUGAAGCACACUGCCGAGGAUGACUUUGCAAAGAGGAAUAUGGAGGCAAUACAGAGGAGAGACACAGCGGUGGAAGGUUUUGCUGAAAGAGGGGGAUUGCUGUAUAAGGGAAAAGUGCUGUAUGUCCCAGAAGGCAAGCUACAUGCCAAGGUCCUGAGACAGUGUCACAACAACUCCAUGGCGGGGCAUUUUGGACGGUACAAAACCUUGUUCCAAGUGACAAGACAGUUUUGGUGGCCUGAGGUGAAGGAAGAAACAAAAGAUUAUGUAAAGGCAUGUGAGACUUGUCAGUGGGCCAAGAAGCCCCGCAAAGCGCCUGCAGGACUACUCCAACCGCUCCCUACACCUCAAGGACCUUGGGAGGCAAUAGCUAUGGACUUUAUCACUGACCUACCUGAGUCGCAUAAGCAGACAGUGAUAUGGGUGGUGGUGGAGCUGUUCUCUAAAAUGGCGCAUUUUGUGCCCUGUAAGAAGUUACCCUCGGCACAGAAGACGGCACAUCUCUUCAUGGAACAUGUGUUUAAGCUGCAUGGGCUGCCUUUGAAGGUCAGCUCAGAUAGAGGAGCACAAUUUACCUCCCAGUUUUGAAGGGAACUAAUGUAGCUGCUGAAGGUGGAAGUUUGCCUCACGUCCGCUAGACACCCACAGACAAAUGGAGAGUCAGAAAGGACGAACACAACCUUGCACCCGUACCUGUGAUGUUACAUGAGUUAUCAACAGAACGAUUGGGUCAACAAGUUGGCCCUAGCAGAGUUUGCAUACAACAACGCAGUACACCCGUCUACCCAACAAACUCCCCUUUUUGCCUGCCUGGGACAACACCCACACGCCUUACCAGUGCAGGAUGGUGGCAUGUCAGUGUCAGACGCAGAACAUUUUGCAGAAGAGCUGGCAGCUAUGUACAGCUUACUACAAGAGCAGUUGGAGCAAGCUAAGGACGCAUAUAAGAGGGAGACAGAUAAGCAUAGACGGCACGGAGAUAAGGGUGAGAGACCAGGUGGUGUUGUCUGCCAAAGACUUGCCUAACAAGGGGAGGUUCCAGAAAUUGGACCUUCAGAGGGUGGGACCAUUUGAAGUAGUGGAGCAAAUUAACCCAGUGUCAUUCAGGCUUCAGGUACCGAUCUCCAUGAAGAUACACCCUGUAUUUCAUAGGUCCUUGUUGUCUCCUGUGAUUCCUGCACACCCAUACCAAGCACCUAAGGAGGCACUCCCCCCACCAUCAAUAAUGAUAGAAGGUGAACCAGAAUACAAAGUGUUGCAGUUACUGGACUCUCACUGGAGGGGAAGGAGAUUGCAGUAUUUAGUGUCUUGGAAAGGUUAUGGGAAUGAAGAAAAUUCUUGGGAGGAUUCUGGAAACAUGCACACCGCUAGGUUACAGGCAGAAUUUCACUGCUGGUACCCCAACAAACCCAAACCAAGAGGGAGGAGGGGGGGUGGAAGAAGAAGAGAGCGAGGCAGAGUGGGGCUCGAAACAGAGGGAAACCCUCAAGAGGAAGGGGAAGUGGAAGAGAGUGAGGAGGACUGAUGGGAAGGCCUAGACAGCGACCCUCGGAGGAAGGAGGAACAAGAGGAGAAGGAGGAGGAGAAUCUUAAUGGAGGGGAUGGUGUCGUGAACACAUCUGCCCCAAGUAGAGGAACAACAAGAGUUAGGAAGCAGCCAGACAGGUGGGAGCAGUCCCCCUCCCCCUCCCUCUGACACGGAAUGAAAUGUAGAUAAGGCGUUAGCAGAGAGUGGGAGGGCGAGAAGCCAGCUCGCUCAAGAAGCACAAGCAGCUUCAGAAAGCAGGAGGGGUAGUGUUUCCUCAGCGGAAGAGGAGGCAAUUAAUCCCCUGAGCCCAAAGAGUAGACGUAUGGGAAAGGUAUUAGACAGGAAACAAACCCAGAAACGUAAGGGUUAUAGGUUCAGGAUAUUCUGCAGAACCAGGAAGCACUGCUCAGAAGGGUCAACUGACUCAUAAGGCACACACGCUCAGUUAGACGUCCGAGACUAAUUGUAUUACAAUAAAUCUGCAAGCUAAUUACAACUUGCGUGCUGUGUUAUCAAGACGGCAGCCUGGGUUCCUGACAGAGAGUCCACAACCUUCCGAGAGAGUUCAUUCCACUGUUGAACAGCUCAUGCUGUCAGAAAAGUUCUUCCUGAUGUUGAGCCUGAAUCUCCUUUCUUGCAACUUGAAACCAUUGGCUUGGGUCCUAGCCUCUGGAGCAGGAGAAAACAAGCUUGCUCCAUCUUCCAUGGGAGACCUUCGAAGAUGGUCACCACACGUCCCCCAAGCCUCCUCCCAUCCAUGCCAAACACAUCCUUCCUCCAGCUGCUUCCCACAAGGCACAGUCUCCAGACAUGCAACCAUCUUGGCUGCCCUCCUCCACACAAGUUCCAGUGCACCAGCAGCCUUCAUUUACCUUAAUUUAGUUGAAAAUAGCAGACGGUGUUACAAUGGCACUAACUGUUCUCUAAAGCAGGAGGAGGCACUGCAGUUCCUAUGGCUACAGGAUGGCAGGCUUUUUUGAGGGGGGGGGGCUCCCAAUUGCAGCCAGUUGCCUACGAAUAUGAUCUGACUCCCUUCUCCCGCUAGUCCCACCUGGCAUGGCCCAAUGGUCAUGGAUGAUGGGAGCUAUAGUCCUAUAACAUUGGAGGGAAUGACGUUGGCUACCCCUGGGUUAGAGUGUUGGGCUUGGGAGACCCGGGUUCAAAUCAGAAAACUCACUGGGUGGCCUUGGGCCAUUCACUGUCUCUCAACAGGGUUCUUGUGAGGAUCAAAUGGAGAAAGGGCAAACUAUAUAUGUCUCCUUGAGCUCCUUACAGGAUAUAACAGGAUAUUAGCAUACUAGUAGCGAUGACGAUAUGUUGGCAUUAUAUAAAAUACAAAGCAGGAGUGUCCUCAGGGAGAUGCAUGCUCCCCCGGGGCCCAGGUGCCUUUCUUAAGCAGCCCCCAGUGAGGGAGGUGCCAACCCACCACCACCAAGCAGACGCCACAGGUGUGGGAUGUCAUGGUGCACGUGUAGAGGCAAGACCAGUUGCCUUCAGGUGCCUCACCUGCAGUAAAGUCUGUCUCUACAGCCACAGCAGGUGCUGUAACUCUCUGACAGUUUGACUUGACUUCUGAAGGCACUCUCUUGCAUUGUCUCCCAAGACACAUGGAAGCCAACAACAACAAUUAGCUCACUGACUGAAAAGCAGGUGAUUGAUCAAGACAAAAAGCUUCAAAAUUGGUUGAUGGUCCUUUUUUCCCUCCUUCCUGGAGCUUCUUAUGCCACAUCACAGAUUACAUCCCCAAAUUACGUGCCUGUUGCAGCUGGGAAAAUAUCUUCACCAUGUCUUGCAAAUAGGGCCUGCCUCCAGCUAGAUGUGGUCUCAUCAUCUCUGAACCUCUCCAAAGCCAGGCGGAGGCGUUUGGCUGAAAGUGCGACAAUGCAGAAGUCAUUCUGGCGCUUGCUGCCGGGCGCUGCUGCCUCCAGUUAGAACAACUUGUUUCCAUCUGGAGUGACUCACAAGCAGAGCGUGGCCUCUGCACCUCCCACUGUUGGCAGAGCCAGGGACCCUCAGCUACAAAUAAAACUCCUUUAGCAGCAGCCACUGACGCAGACAAGAACCAUCCUGUUCUACUUUCCCCCUUUUUAAUCUUCACGUCUGGUCAAAGAGCUGUGCCUGAAGAAUCAGUAGUGGCUUUAAUGAAUCAGAUGGUCCCUGUCAUUUUUCUCCUGGGCUGAACCUGAUCAAGCAACAGCUCCCGGGCACUUCCUGAAGUAAUGGCUUUUUUCCAGAAAUAGUCAUUGCUGCAGCUUCCUUAGUUUUAAUCUGCCUGCCCAUGUUGCGGCUUUGCCUUUGUUCUCUGUGCUGCCUUUGCCAGUCAACGUUGGUAGCAGCUGAAAGGGGGUGUGUGAUGCAGAGACAUUGGCUACCUGGCCGGGACUCUGGCUUCAUACUCCUAGCACAUUCCAGCGUGGAGGACCAGGUGCCAAAGACUGGCCAGAAGCGUUUUGAGUUGAACCUUGGAUUGGGGACCUUUUUCAUCCCAAGGGCCGCAUUCCCCUCUGGGCAGCCUUCCGAGGGCCAAAUGCCAGUGGUAGGUGGGGCCAGAGGCAAAAGUGGGUGGAGCAAAGGAUAUACAUUUACACAGAGAAACAAGGAAGAGGCAUUAUGCAGUCCAGGGACACAUUCCAGCCAGGAAAAGCACGGGGGGGGGGGGGGAGGCAGGAUCAGCAUUGUGCUUCCCACAAUGGCAGCCAGAUGCACCACACAUCCCAUAAGCAGGUUGGAGGCCAGGUGCUCUUUUCUGUGAUUUGUCUCUGCUCCCUCAGCAGAGGUAGGCUGCCCAAAGACCCGGAGAAAGACAAGUGUCCAUCACUGGAUAUUUAGCCAGGUUUGCUGCAGGUUCAGAGGCUGUCUGAAGUGGUGGAGUUCUAAAGUUACAGAAAGCAUGAAAACCCAUUACUUCCAUGCAGUGCUUGGGGGGGGGGGGGAUACCUAAAAGACAACUUGUAAUAUAGCGGAACCUCGGCUGUCAAACAUAAUCCAUUCUGGAAGACUGUUUGAUUUCCAAAACGUUCAACAACCGAGGCACAAUUGCCAGUCGGCAAUUACAAUGGAGAAACGCACCUCAGAAGCCAUUCGACUUCCAAGGCACAUUUGAAAAUGGAAGCAUUCACUUCCAGGUUUUCAGCGUUCGGGUUCUGACUCAUUCGGGUUCUGAGAUGCUCGGAAACCGAGGUUCCGCUGUACAUUCAACCUGUGCCAUGCAAUCCUUUGUAUGUUUAUUCAGUAUUAAGUCUCACUGUGUUUAGUGAUUUUGCUGUUGGACAACAACACUGAAAAGUUGAGAGUGGACUUUGUUUUUUUACUGAGCACUUAGGAAAAAUACGAACCGUAUGCUUUUCCUCACUAUCUUGCAUGUAAAAUUUAAAUAGCAAAUACACACAUACACCAUUUAAAAAAGGAAAACAAAUCACUCUGCUUCCCACAGCUCGCACCCCCAGUGCUACAGGCCUAAAAUAACUCCUUAGGAGUCAGUCCCCUGUGCACAUGAACCUGGGAGUAAGCUCAGCUGAAAAUAAUAGAACUCAAGCAUCUAGAACGUGCAGGCAUUGAGCCAGACUUAGAUUGGCUGAAGCCUUGCAGUUUUGCUGAUUUGGAUGGAAGUGGCUCUUUAUAGUACAAAGAUGUGCCGCUAUGGUAAAAGGAACCAAUGUUUGAUGCCUUCAAGCACCAAAUUCCCCUUAGCAGCCCUUUUAGAGUUUCUUAGAUAUCUUCACAACAGCCAUGUGAGGUAGACUAGGCUGAGACUUGCUGACUGGAUCAUGGGAGGAAGUCGGCAAAAACAAAAGGUUUACUGUUUUAAUGUUUGUUUUUAGGAUAUUUUUUUUCCAGCUUAGCUCAUGGUGUCUUUAAUUGUUUUGACCUAUUGGUCUGUUUUUAAAUUUUUGCUGUUUACCGGCUGUUUCAUAAGCCAUCUUGUGAGGGUUUGCAAGGCACAGCAUAUAAAGUGGGGUUGUCUAAAUGUCAAAUUCUGUGCCGAAUUUUGUGCUUGUGCAAGUGAGUUCACCUAUGGCACACAUUAUAUACACCAGGGAUGUCCCAAUAGGUCAAUCGUGAUCUACUGGUAGAUCCCCGUGAGGUUAUGGUAGAUCACGGUCAAUCUCUGGCUCCCUUUCCUUAGCGUCGCUAAAACUGACUCCUGCCAUGGCCCCUUGCCCCACCCUCCAUUGUUGUAUGAUCUCUGGAAGAGAAGACAGAGCUUUCUCUUUGCUGCUGUUUUGAUCCAUAGCGAUCUUUUUGUGAGUGACUUUCCCCUUUGUCCCUUGCCUUUAACCCCCCCCCAAAAAAAAGAACUCCCCCCCCAACGGGGCUUUCCUCCUCCCUAAAAAAGCUCUACAACUUUGAGCUGAACCCCCCCAAAAGGGGGUAGAUCGCUGCCAGUUUUUAAUUCUGAAAGUAGAUCGCAGUCUCUUGAGAGUUGGCCACCCCUGAAUACACCACCCUGGCUAGACUUGGGCACAGUGAAAUCUGGGAGAGCAGCUGGAGGAAUUCCAAGACCGGUUCUUGUACUGGCCAUCGAAACUUGUCCCAUUUGUCCAUCAUCCCAGUUUCCAGAUGUAGCCGGCUCUGUUGUCAGCCCAGCAGCUGGCAGCAAUUACUCUCUAUAGCAAAGGGGGGGGGGACAUGACCUCGAACAGCAAUUAUGUGCAGCCUAGAACAUUCAGCACAGGAGCAGGCAAGACCUUUGGCCCUGCUCCUGAGAUGAAAAGGCCCAAGGGGACAGAGCCAUUGCUCCCUCCGCCUCAGCUGUCAAUCAGCAGGUAACCUUCCUGAUCAGCCUGUGUCUGUUUCCCCACAGGUCCGUCAUGCCACCUGGAGCAUCAUCAUGGACUCGGUUGUGCCAUCAGAUAAAGGCAACUACACCUGCAUUGUGGAGAACAAGUACGGAACCCUAAACCAUACCUACCAGCUUGACGUUGUUGGUAAGGAGACCUGGACAAAGGAAGGGAAAUGGGAGGCUGGAAGGAGUGUGGAAUCAGAGGGGUUAGUUAUAAAUUGCUUUCCUAGAGAGUUUAUCUCUGUUCAGAAGUCAGAGUGCAGUAACACAGUAAUGAUGCCACAUUGGUCAGAGCCUCAAUGGAGACAAAUUUGGAGGGUGGGAAAAAUGUCUCUUUACAAAGAGGCAUUACAAGGAAGCAACAUUUGAUGCCUGUAAUGCAAGCACAAAGUCCUUCUUGCAGCCAUUUUAUCUCUCCUCUGGAGCUUCGCAUAAGCCAUAUGAAGUAGUUUUGGUUAAGUUUUGGUGACUGCCCCAAGGCAGGAAGCGAGCAAAACCGUGAUGAGUUACAUGAGUUUAAAAUGUGAAACUGGACGUGUUCAGGGUACUUUUUUCUAAUCAAGGUUGGCUUUUGGUUUGCUGUAGAAAAUCAGGAGUGGAAUAUAGUCAUCCAAGCCUGCUUUAUUUCCGGUGUCUCAUCCCUUCUUUGCCUGUGCUAUGUUACAAAUUAUGCGGCUACAGAUGUUAUUUUUAAUACAUAUCAGGUUGCCCGGAUGUUCUGAUGCCUUUGUUUUUUUACAGCAUGGAGAGUUGGAAUGGUGGGGUGGAGAGAAACAUUCCUUGUGUGCUUCACCAUUGGGGUGGGGGUUGUGUUAUCCAGUCUCUCGAUGUACAGCUUUCCCCCCAGGAAAAUGCAGCAGCAGGACCAAGGGGGCAGGGUUGAGUUGCUUCCACUUCCUUGGCUCCUUGGUACACGCAAAGAUUGUGUAGGCAGGAAUUCUCUGCAAGUAGCCGGAUGUAUGUGGCUCAGUGUCAGGAGGGGAGAGGAGACAGUGCUUGGGUGAAUUUUGUUUUUUGGCUCUGAAUUGUCUCUUUGUUCAGACUGGCUGUCCUGAGGUGUGCACCGAGUGGGCUCAAGCAGCUGGCUGUGCAGCCCAAGCAUGAAGCUGUACUUCAUUUUUCACUUAUGAUAAUUUUAGAGGCCAGACGGAAACUCUCUCUCCUCCUUGCCACCCUCCCCAAUUAAUCUCCUUAUUAGCCUUAAUUCCCAACCCAGGCAGGCUGAUCUCUGCCGUUCCACUUGUGGAGUUGCUCUAAAUGCCACUAAAUGAACCAUUAAAAAUGCAAUUUAAUUUGAUUACACUGAGCAAACUGAAGGGAAUAGUCUGCAAGGGGGAACAAAGGGGGUUGUGAAUGCUCACUCCCCACACUGGCAGGCCCUUUGUUAAUCAGCUAUGCCCUCAUUAGGUUUGUCUGACCUUUGACCUUUGAUGAAUAGCUAGCCACCCCCAAACCCAAACCCCAGUUUUGUGACAAGAACUUCACCUGCCCACUUCACCUUUGCUGCCUUUGAGGGAUGUUGCUUCAUGGUGCUCUCAAGUGCAACUGGGGGCCCAUUGGCCAGAAGAGGUGGCCUGGGAUGUGUGACUACAGGAAGGGCCACCAAGGACUCUGGCCCCUGAACCAGAAACAAGCUUACUUGUUUCAUUCAUUAAUUCAUUCAUUUGCUGUAUCUUUAUAGUCAUAUAGCCUAAAUUCUCUGGGCUGCUCUCAAAAAAUGAUGGCUUUCAGCUGGGCCAUCCAGGGAUAAGCUGCUUGGACAGUCACGCUGUUCCUGCGGGGGUGUCUUUAGGGUUGGGCUCUGGGGCAGACGCCCAGGGCUGCGCUUCCACAGACAGACGUCCAUCUCACUGGGCGGAAGUGGCUCUCCGGGAUUUCAGGCAGGAUUCUCUCCCAGCCCCAACCUGGAGAUGCUGGGAACUAAACCUGGGAACUUCUAUUUAUUUCUUACCCUUAACCGCCCCACAGAGAUUGUUGCUUUAACAACCCCCUCCUCUGCCGCCUGGUUGUUUGCUUCUUACGAAUCCCACCAUCGCGACCUCCUUCCUUCUCUAUACCCCAACUCAAUUCCAAGUGUCAGAGCUGCCUUUUUAGGGUAUUGUAAGACAGCCUCCAAAGAAACAACUGUGGCGCUUAUUCAUUCUUUUAUUUGCCUGCAUCUGACCUGGAUUUUUUCUGGGUCAAAUGGUGUUAAGAACUGUCAGAACCUUCUGCAGUGCCCUUUCCAAGCUGUAACCUGGGUCAGCUGAGCCCAGAUGGCAGAGGGUUCUUCACCGGAAAGGGAGACCAUGGUGCCUGUGGACUGCCCAGGGGUGCCUCUGUGACCCCCAGCCCCAUGCACACCACCAGGGGGACAAAAGGACAAAAGUUUUUAUGAAAUUGUGUAUACUGUACAGAAAGUUUCCAAAACAAAACACACCCAGUUAAAAACAUAAGACCAGAUAAGACAGUGUAAGUUCUGAUAAGACACACAAAGACAAGGAAGUAGUAUUGUCAAAACUGUUCCUAAAACUGGAUAAACGGGCUCAGUUCCUGUAUAAUAUGAUUAUUGAGUCUGAGCUUGGGACUCUCAACUAUGUUAGUGGUUUAAGAAUGUGAAACCAAGGGACUUUUAAAGUUCUUCCUAAUCUUCUUAGCAGGGGACAUAAGGUUGUGAUCUAAAGCAGCAGCAACCCUUUCUCCAAUAUUUGAUCUCCCUUCUUUUCCCAAGCUGAACAGCAAAAUACUCCCCAACCGUUUAACUGCAUCGCCCACAUCUUUUUUAAAAAACAACAACACAUUAUUAAUAUUAUUAUUAUUGGAAUUCUCAAUACAAGGAAAGAAGACCUAGACGGCAAUAGGCCACCAAAAAUUAGCAAACAAGUACAGCUAAACAAUGUACAGCAUAUAUAGAGAAUGUAACAAAAUAAAUAUUAGAUAAAAGAAUAAGGAGCUUGCAUAUAUUUGUAAUUAUAUCUAUGCCAAACAAAUCAUUGCUAUGUCAGUACCAUCUCACAAUGUAUUGUUUGUGCGUAGAUCUUUUGAAACGUAAGUUUGUGUGGCAAGUUUGCUGCAAGUUUGAUCUUCUAAUUAUGUGAUUUCAUUUACAGUAUUUUUAGCUUGUCCAUCUGUUUCUUAAUUGUUAAUGUUUUACUUGAUGUCUGUUUCCUGCAUACAGUUAAUGUUAUGCUUUGCAUUUUGGAAAAUGGAUUAAAUAAGAUGGUUAAAGGGGAAAGGUGUGAUCUUAGCCCCUUUGGCACAGGCCUCUUAAGUGCAGAAGAGGCCGACUCUGGCUCUGAUCCUCUCUCCAGGGCUGUGGGCUGAGGGCAUGGCAAGGUCUGUUUCCUUUCUGGGUCAGGAAACCCUAUAAAGCACCGCAGAAAAGAUGCUCCUUAAAUCCAGGCAAGAGCAGCCUUUGGCAGAGAGAGGGCUGGUCCUGUGAUGUUUGCUUCAGGAAGUGGAAUAUGGUUUUAGGAUAUAGGAGGGCCCAGUCCUUAGCUAGAGGGAUUAGAGGAGGAAGCAGGCCCUUUGUGUUUUUAAUAAGUGACUGACUAGGAUGAAGUAGAAGAAAAUCUUGGCUCCAGCCUCUUGCAACGUUGAGGGGGAAAUAACUUCUUAAUCCCUGCUUUGUCACAUCACAAGUGAAGAUGCGAGGUUCACAGGCGCGGCGGGGGCUUUCAGUUCCAGGCCUGCCAGCCUAAUUCUCUUUGUUUCUGGGAAGUUUGGGUCCAACUUCUGAUCUGCACCUGACUAGUUGUUCAUGCUCACUUGAUUGCUUCACAUCUUUCUUGAACCAGGCAGGGCGAACACUUUUUACAGAGCAGUCCCUGUUUCUCCCACUCCAAUGUGAAUGGAAGCUAUUGCCCCCUCCAUGGGAAGGCAGCAUCCCCGCGGGACCGGGAAGCGAGGCCAGGCUGCCCCACUGCAGACCAAGGGGGGUCUGGAUUGCCCACCAGGCUACUCAACAUCAUCUUGUGUGAAGCCUCUUGCAGCAGAUUCCAGGAGAUCUGGAGAGAAGCGUCCUUGGUAGGCAGGUGACUCCCAGCUCCAUCUCGCUGCUCCAUCUCCGCCCCUCCCCCCAUGUACCAGAGAUACUUUUAUUAAAAAAUACAUGAGAAAUUAAUCACAAACACUGAUGUGAUAGGACAGAACUUAUAAACUCGGUGUUGUUCGAAAAUGCAUCAUUAUCCCAUGCUAUAAUAUCCCCAAAGCAAGGAGUCAGUAAUAGUAGUAGUAGUAAUAAUAAUAAUAAUAAUAAUAAUAAUAAUUUAUUAUUUAUACACCGCCCAUCUGGCUGGGCUUCCCCAGCCACUCUGGGCGGCUUCCAAAAAAAUAUUAAAAUACUGUAAAACAUCAAACAUUAAAAGCUUCCCUAAACAGGGCUACCUUCAGAUGUCUUCUAAAAGUCUGGUAGUUGUUGUUCUCUUUGACAUCUGGUGGGAGGGCGUUCCACAGGGAGGGCGCCACUACCGAGAAGGCCCUCUGCCUGGUUCCCUGUAACUUGGCUUCUCGCAGUGAGGGAACCGCCAGAAGGCCCUCAGAGCUGGACCUCAGUGUCCGGGUAGAACGAUGGGGGCGGAGACGCUCCUUCGGGUAUACUGGGCUGAGGCCGUUUAGGGCUUUAAAGGUCAGCACCAACACUCUGAAUUGUGCUCGGAAACGUACUGGGAGCCAAUGUAGGUCUUAUAUGGUCUCGGUGGCCGCUCCCAGUCACCAGUCUAGCUGCCGCAUUCUGGAUUAGUUGCAGUUUCCAGGUCACCUUCAAAGGGAGCCCCACGUAGAGUGCAUUGCAGUAGUCCAAGCGGGAGUCCAGAGCAUGCACCACUCUGGCGAGGCAGUCUGCAGGCAGAUAGGGUCUCAGCCUACGUACCAGUCUCAACCAGCAAAUAAAUACAUUCACCCCUUGGCUUCCAGUAGAGCUGUGUGGCACAGGAAGAGGCUCAGAGGGUCAUGGGGGAGAGAGAGAGAUCAUGCUGAAUGUUUAGGGCACAUCCGUGAGGGGUUGCAGGUGCAUUAUCCACAGGCUCAGAUGUCCAUUUCAGCAAUGUGGUAUGAAUUCACAUAUCUAGUACAAGCUGCAUAACACACCAGAGGGGUAAUUAAAAUACGUAAGGAGAAUCAUAAAUAUGCCACAAAAGAGAUGCCUUGAGCAAAUGUUCCAGUUUAUGUGAAAGAGGACUUUUUAAAACCCUUGUUGUUGUAAUUGGGUCUGGAGAGAAAUGACAGUAGGUAAAACGAUAAUGCAGUGUAAACAUUAGUGUACUCUUAACAAAAUACAGUGGUACCUCGGGUUAAGUACUUAAUUCAUUCUGGAGGUCCGUUCUUAACCUGAAACUGUUCUUAACCUGAAGCACCACUUCAGCUAAUGGGGCCUCCUGCUGCCGCCGCGUCACCGGAGCACAAUUUCUGUUCUCAUCCUGAAGCAAAGUUCUUAACCCGAGGUACUAUUUCUGGGUUAGCGGAGUCUGUAACCUGAAGCGUAUGUAACCCCCAGGUACCACUGUACAGUGGUGCCCCGCAAGACGAAUGCCUCGGAAGACGAAAAACUCGCAAGACGAAAGUGUUUUGCGGUUUUUGAGGUGCUUCGUAAGACGAAUUUCCCUAUGGGCUUGCUUCGCAAGAUGAAACGUCUUGCGAGUUUGUUUCCUUUUGAAGCAGGAACUGGGCUGGCAGGGAGCGAGCGAGGGAGCGACCUACCUUUUCCAGAGGGAUCCUCUUCUGGAGAGGGCACAGAGGAGGCAGGUGGGCUGGGAUCCAGCGGAUCUGGCUGGGUCUCUGCGCCUCUGCCUCUCUCUCUCUCUCCCCCUCCCCACGUGGCUGCUCCAUUUUGCCCUAACUGCGCGAAGGCAGGAGGAGGCGGGACAAAGGAGGAGGAGGCAUCCACUGCGCUUGGGCGGCCGCGAAGGCGCCUUUGCGGGGGUGGGAAGAAGCCGGGAGCAGUUGCUGAGACUGUGGGGAGCCCGGCGGCGUGGCGCAAGGUAACGGGGGGAGCAAGGGAGAGUCUGCGCCGGGCGCUUUGUGCGUCCGCCCUCGGUUCCUGGGCUCGAACUUCCGUUGGCACCUCGUGGAGAGAGAGGGAGAGGAGCGAGCUGGGGCUUUGAUGUGGGACGCGGUUUGGCGGAGCAAAGACGCGGCAAGGCUUGGCGACAGAGGAAGGAGGGCUGUUUUCGUGGGGAGGUGGGAGGGGGUGUCUUUGCCUCUUCCCGGCAACAGAUCCUCCAGGCUGGGGAAACUCCUCCUGCUGGGGAGCAACCCGCUUUGUGCUUUGCCCGCUAUCCCAUUAUAAUACAGUACCAGGGUGCAUCCGUGCUUCGCAAGACGAAAAAAUCCGCAAGACGAAGAAACUCGCAGAACGAAUUAAUUUCGUCUUGCGAGGCACCACUGUAUAACGGUAUCAUGCUCCUACUUUGGUGCUAAAGCAGAAGCACAAGAAAAUAAAAACUGUGUGUAAGACAACUUGUGCUGACAGUGCUCAUGCAGAAGGCCUGAGACCAGUGUGGGGUUGAGAAGAGAUGUUCAGUGAUGUGUGGAGAUUGGAGGGACAUUUGCAAUGCAGCCUAAGUGGCCUGGGCAGAUGCACGCCUUCCAGAGCACAAUAUACCAUAUUUUUCGCUCUAUAAGACGCACCAGACCACAAGACGCACCUAGUUUUUGGAGGAGGAGAACAGGAAAAAAAAUAUUCUGAAUCUCAGAAGCCAGAAGAGCAAGAGGGAUCGCUGCACAGUGAAAUCAGCAAUCCCUCUUGCUGUUCUGGCUUCUGGGAUAGCUACGCAGCCUGCAUUCGCUCCAUAAGACGCACACACAUUUCCCCUUACUUUUUAGGAGGGAAAAAGUGAGUUUUAUAGAGCAAAAAAUACGGUAUAUUCUUUCCCUCCAAUAUGUCAAGAUUUGCUACUUUACUGCUCCACUAACACUAAAAAACUUGGCUUAGAUGGCAGAUGUAAACAGGUUCUUCUUCACAGGUACUAGAACACACACCCUCUCUUCAGGUAAAAUUGUUAAAAACAUGAAAUUCAGUAUUUUCUGCCUGUCUGCUUGCCUUUCUUCCCGGCAGAUAAGACUGAAUAUUCCAGCAAGCUAUAGUCUCCACUGCCUCCUUUUCCGUUAUGGUGGAAGGCCAGAUUGCUUACACCAACACAAGAGUCUUUAUCAGUUGCCUGUAUCAGCCUGGGUUUCUGGCUCUUCUACCCAGCACCAUGGGCAAGUCUGUGCAGGACGUACAAAGCUUCCAAAAACAAAUACCAUGUGCCCACACAAUGCUCACUAACAGUAAGUCUGCACUGCAGCAUAUUUGGUACAUGGAAACAUUCAGGCACAAACCGUUGGUGCCAUGCUCAAACUUCCUUGUGUGUGCCGAUGCUCUGGAGAUGCAGCAGGCCAGAGGCACAGACAUCUGUACUGCUCUAGGCAACUCACUUUCACAGGGUUAUCAUUACAUGAGCAUGUGAUUUCUCUGUUUUCAGUUCAAAGUGCCUUGUGUGUGGAUUGGUUUUUUUGAAUGGAAUCAGUAGCUUUGAAAAUGAGCCUGAAGGUCUGCAGCACAGGCCAGAUAGCAAUGGUCACUGCAUCCACAGCUACAAGAGCAUGGCUGCAAGGGAGCCAGUACUUUCUCCCAUCGUCUCUUUGUUCCACAGAAGAGCUCUUGCAAGGCCUUCCUCCUAAGGUCACUUCUCACGCAGCACACAAACACCAGCAUCACACCCUUGGGUUCCCAGUGAUGUCACCCCAGCUGCCAAUGAUAGGGUUAUAGCACUCAAUGCUGCUCAGAAACAGGUUCCCAUCGUACCCUGCUAUGGCAUAAAGCUGACCCUCGGGACUGUUGCUCCCACAUCACAGCGGGGGGUUGUCAUGCUGGUCACAGUUGUCCACCAGUCUAUGCAAAUGUUAUACGCCUCCACAGAGGAGAGAUGUGCUGUUCCAUCAAACCCUCCAACCACAUAGACAUGAUCAUUCAGCAAGGCUAUUCCAGCUCUUGAGUGUUUUGUGGCCAUUGGAGUGACAUUUGUCCAGUCUGCUCCAUCUGAAUCAGAAGAGGUGCUUGAGAUGUUAGCCCAGGGCUUGGAGGCACUGAUGGGCUGGAUGCAGGCUGGUAAACUGAGGCUGGUGUUUACACAGAGCUGACUGGUCUCAGCCAGAAGCUGGGCAUUUUGUGCUUCCAGUCCCCUUCCAGCAAGGAUCCAGCAGGCACCCUUGCUUUUCACUUCCAAGAGUCUCACCAAGACCUUUCUGUUCCAAGCCUUGGCAGCUGUUCAGUUUUUACUUAAUGAUUAUCUGUAUUUUGAUAUUUUUAAAUAUUUUUUUAAAAUUGUGUUUUAUGUUUUAACACCACCCCAAUAUUUUAUGAUACGGCUGUAUAGAAAUGCUUUUAUGAAUAACUGAGGGCUGUUGGAGUUCAAACAUAUUAAAUUGGGGUGUUUGGAAGGAAGUAAGCACCAUCUGAGGUGCGGCGGGUAGUGACCAGGGAAGGGGCCUUCCCUGUAUUGGCCCCCUGCUUGCGCCUCCCUAGCGAGGCUCACAGGGCGCCAAUUUUGUAAUGUUUCCAGUGCCAGACAAACACCUUUUUGCUGUCCUGGGCUUCUUAAAGUUUGAGUUUCAUUGUAAACUGCUAUUUCAGUUGCUGGUCUUACGGACUGUUUUUUGUGUUAGUUAUCAUUGAUGUUCUUGUUGCUUUACUUUAAAAAAAAACCGCCUGGAAACCGUCUGGUUGGAAGACAGUAUAUAAAUGUUUUAAAUAAAUAGGCAAGUGGGUCUUCGUCUCUCUCCUUUUCCAGUUUGCCUGAAACCAUUCUCUUCUGUGUCUUUUCCAGAGAGGUCACCUCACCGGCCUAUCUUACAAGCUGGGCUCCCGGCUAACAAGACCGUCUCCCUGGGUAGCAACGUUGAAUUUGUUUGCAAAGUCUACAGUGACCCUCAGCCCCACAUCCAGUGGUUGAAGCACAUUGAGGUCAAUGGGAGCAAGAUUGGGCCAAAUAACUUGCCUUAUGUGCAGGUCUUGAAGGUAAAAGAAAACCCCACUAUCUCAAGUGAUGGGUGACAUUUUUGUUAACAUGGGGCUUGUUUCCACUGCCUUGGGAGGGAGACAUGUAAGGUGGCUACAAGCAAGGGACAAGACCAUUCUAAAUUGAUGCUGCAGGAUAAUCUAUUUCCAAUUGGUUGAUCAGCCAGACUAAGUCAAGCCAGCUCAGUCUGGGUCCAAGUUCCCCAUUGUGAGAUUUCUACAGCAAAGCAUGCAAAAGAAAAAUAGCUGUGGGAGGGUACUGAAUUUGGCCAUUCCCAACCAAAGGAGUACGGCUGGGAUGCCAUAGCACAGCACAGCACCAGCUGACCUCAUUCAGACACAACGCCUAAGCAUGCUUUAGCCCCAAGUGAAGAGGCCUAGCCUCCCUCCUGCAGUUCCCUCUUCCCCAACCAUGCGGCCAGGAAGAUUAACUUGAAAGCUUCUGCUUGUAGUUAACUCCAGGUUGUUGUUUCGCCUGAACCAGGAUUUAUGGUUUAGCUCUCACUGUGGUUUUAAAACAAUGCAACUUCAAAUUUUGAGUUAUGAAGCUAUAAUAGAGUUAAAACACUAUCCCUGCUUCAGAUGGAACAAGAAGCUGGCAUUAACUAAAAGUGGGAGCAAAAGUCCUUCCUGAAGUUUUACAAUCCCCCAUAGGGAGGAGGAUGUGAGUCUUAUGUGGCGCUGUUUACUGUUACAUGAAGUUACCAUAAGGCUGGGGAAGAACUGGUGGCACACCAGUAACUUCUCCAAAUAUAAACAGAGCAGAUAUGGUUCUGCUGGUGCUGUGGAGGAUGGGUUCAGAAUUUAAUUCAUAGCCUUCAGCGAGUUUGUUUUUUUAAAUUGCAUACCGCCCUACACCCCCAGGUCUCAGGGCAGUUCACAGGAUAAAAUCACAAUAUAAAAUCACAAAAUACAUAAUCAAAAUAAAAACAAGGACAACCCAAUAACACAUUUUAAAAGGGCACUGAAUGUCAGUCAGCCAAAGGGCUGGUUAAAGAGGAGUGUUUUUGCCUGGCACCUGAAGGUGUACAAUGAAGGCACCAGGCGAACUUCCCUGGGGAGAGCAUCCCACAAUAUGUUGCCACAACUCAUCUUUGCCUCAUGUGCUUGCUCUGCUAUUUAUAGCUGUGCAAAAGCUCAGAUCCCAUGCCUUGGGCUUCUGACAGUGAGCAGAAUCUAACCUGGUUGUGAUGCUAAAACCUGAUCAUCAAGAGACAUCUGUGCCUUUUAAACACUUUACAGUAGGUUUAUUGAAGGAAUGCUAAGCACCUUAAAGAGGAGAAUUGGGUAGAAAAAUGGGGGUUAGUGCAUUGCUUUUGAAACCAAUUUAUCCCAGCAAACAGGACCAAAAUGUGAGUGUUAAGACAGAGAUUUUUAUGCAUGAAUAAAACCUCAUUUAAGCUACUUUGAAUGCCACCAAAAUGAUAUUAUAAAAUAGUUUAAAGUACUUUUAAUUACAAGCUAGCGGUUAGUAUGCCCAACAAAAGAGUAUUGUGGCUUUCAUGUUUGUUUACUUUUUAUGAUGUAUCUAAAGCAUGUCUUAUUCUAUGACAUAAAUGGUAUACUGGUUUUUUAUAUAUGCUAAAAAUUAAUAAGUAAAAAGGCUUGGUUUGGAGGGUUUUUUGAACUGUAAAGCAGUUAGCAAGUUCUCCAGGUUCUAGCAUCUGAUGAACUUGGCCCUGCCAUACAGCUAUUAAGUACUGCUGCUCCUUUAGAUGUGAGAGGGGUGCAGUUUGUGCCCCCAGGAGAUAUCCUUGCAGCGAGAGGGGGCAGAAUGGGCAGAGAGCUUGAGUUCCCCCCACCUCCCCCCACAGGGAGAUGCCCACUUGAUUGUUGCUGUUGAUCAUGGAGCGACGUGCCCUUCCGUUGGCCAUUGAGUGACUCCUGUGUUGUUGGUCUUGUUCUAGAGCUCGGGAAUUAAUAGCUCCGAUGCGGAGGUGCUGACCCUGUAUAAUGUGACAGAGGCUGAGAGUGGGGAGUAUGUUUGUAAGGUUUCCAAUUAUAUUGGUGAGGCUAACCAGUCUGCGUGGCUGACCGUCACCAGACCCAUGGCUGAAGGUAAACGGGGAGAACGCCACUUUGGGGCUCUUGCUUGGAUGGCCAGUCCUUCGUGGUGGGAAAACCAAACUCUUGUGGCUCUCCUGUUUCUUCUCUGUUUCUGGUGCAGUAAGCCAUGGAAAAAUCCUCAGAAGGGGCUGGUCAGUUUAGUUUCAUGCCCUUCCCCGUUCCUGAUUUUAACAGAUCAUUCCCUUCUUUGAGCUUUCUUAACUUUCUAUCUAUAUUAAUUCAGCCAAUAUAAGGAAACAUCCCCCAGAUUCUUUUGCUGAAACAUCAAGCUGAACUUAAUUGCAUUGGCUUCUCUGUAUUUUUCUUACAAAGGCUGCCAGAGAAAUUGCUCUGAUUGCCUGAUAGGUAACCAGCUAAUUACAUUGAUUUUAGUAUUGUAAAAAUCUAAAUAUAGGUGUGCUUUUGAGACAGCAAAAUCAAAGCCACAUAAAAUGCAUGUCCAUACCAUUUAAUUGUGCAGUCCUGCCAAUUUUAAACUGGCUGUCACCAAUUAAUUGACCUACCAAUUAAAGUCUGGAAACCUGAGUUUUUUGCAUAUCUGAUUUUGGGUUCUUGGAGUACCCUUGCUCUCCCUGGCAAAAUAAAAAAGGUAAUUUCUUUUUCAUGACUGUGUACAGGAGCAUGGCCUCUCCCCCUAGUGCUCUGUCACUUCUUGACCCAGACCUUGCUCCCUUUCCUUUUCUUGUCUUCCCAUCUCCCUUCCACCAUUAUUCCUCUUCCCAUCCCAUGAAACUAAGCUGGUUCUUCCCCCCACCUAAGGUUAGUUUUUCCAUGUGACCCAUCGCCAGCAUGUCAGAUGGGCAGGGAAAUUCAGUUUGGUGAAGGGUUGUUGUUUUAACAUUGCCUCUUUAGGUCAGCCUGGAUCGGAGGUUGUCCUAAGGCUCUCUGUUGCAAUACGUCUGCAGUGGUGUCUGUGUUCCUUAGGAGGUCUUGGGGGGCAUGUUACCCCUUCCCUCUUCCUCCUCCUGCACCUUGGUUCCUAAAGGGGUCUUAUGUUUGCUCGUCCUAUUUUCCUUUUUUUUUCUUUCUCUCUCCCCCUUUGCUUCCAUUUUUUCCCCUUUCUAGACGGCUGGUGUUAACACAACAGACAAAGAAAUGGAAGUCCUUCACUUAAGGAAUGUCUCCUUUGAGGAUGCUGGGCAAUAUACAUGUUUGGCGGGUAAUUCUAUUGGGAUCUCCCACCACUCUGCAUGGUUGACGGUUCUGGAAGGUAUAUACUGGUUCUGUUCCUUUCUCUGCCUCCUUGCUGUCCUCUUCUAUGCAUGGAGAUGAGCACGCUGUGGUCCGCAAGAGCCACCCCCAAGAUGGCAGAGUCGUCCCACAAAUUGGUUCCUUCCUAGAGGAAGGGUUGCUUAGCAACAAUUGAGAUAUCCCUGGUGUGACAGUCAGUGAGCCAUCUGCCCUGUUGUGGUCCCAUUUUCCUUCUCUGCGGAAUUGGGAUGGUCCAUCUCCACAUCUGGUGGCUCUUGCUGACCAAGGCAUGGUGAAUUUCCAGUUUGGGCUUAACCAGAAGUGAGGUCCAGGUGUUCUGACAGAGCUGGUUCCAUUCUCUUGGGCAAGGAGUGCUAAAACAGAACCCCACCUGUGCCCAGUGGACCUAUGUGGAUGCAUUGGGGGAGAUCAUAGACCACCCACAUACUGCAGUUAGGGGUAGCAGAGCUAGGUGUUUUGGGAUUCCAGGUUUUCAGUGUCGGAUACAGGUCUCCAUAUAUACAGCCUCCUCUUUGGACCUCACUCCCAGCCCAGAUUUUCAAUUUUAAAGUGGGGUCAAAAGGCAGCUAUUGGACUGCAGUCAGUAUAACUGGGUACUUGUGGAUCCACCGGAGUAGGCUUAUUUGAUGGUGCUGAAAAUUGGGGGUGCAGCUCCUCUCACACACGUUUUCACGGAGCUUCUACUUACUCAUUCCUGGGACUUGAGUGUGGUCUGGCAAUUGAUUUGUCUAUGUUUUGGAAAUGUUCAAAACUUUACAGUUGACACAGGAGUCUCACUAUGAUGAUGUUCCAGUUGUAGAACCGAAGGCUUGUGCAACAAGCUAUCUUAGGGUAGCUUCCCCUUAUAUCCAUACAUUUAUGCAAAGAAAACCGAUGUAGCUCACGCAGGCAGACACCCCCACACUGAUAGGUGGCUAUUUUUCCUCCUGGUGACAGGAAGUCUGUAGAGGGGCCUUCAAACCCAUAUUGCUUGUGGGUUACUGCAAAAAGGGGGAUAAAAUAAAUCAUGCACAAGCCUUGGAGAGCUUGGGUGAAGAUGGCCCUUUUCUUAGCUGGAUUCAUCUCUCUGUGAGGUGGCUGUGAUAAAAUGAGCACACUCUGGAUUCCAGUCCCCCAAGAACUGAGACUAGGAAAUGGGCUCCCCAAUAUCUGCUUGCUUUCCCAUAAGAUCCCGAAUAUGGCUUUGUUUUCUUGGUGGCCUUGCCUUGAAAGGGAAUGGAAUCUGGCCUUUGCUUAAUUUGAAGUCUCUGCUAUUCUUCCUGCAUUCUCUUUUGGAUUCUACUUUGCAUAAACUGCUGUUUUGUGGGCUCCUGUUCCACCCUGCCUGGUUGAUGCAGGGCUCAUUUUUCAGCCAUCAAAAGCUGGCUGGCAAGAACUGGUAAUGUUCAACUUCAGAAAGUUUUUGAGGUCAUGUGCUAUUUGUACACCUACAAGGAAAAAAACUUUCUGUGUUAUCAGUCUUUUGUUUUCCUUGUCAAGCCUGUUUCCACUCAGAGCCCUGUGAUCUGAACAGGGCAAGAUGGCAGCCGUUUCCUUCCAACAACAUGCUCUAUCCAUCUUCUCUCUGUUGCUUAUUGUUUUUUCUAAGAGUGGGAGGACUAAAGUGAGGGAGGGAACAUCCUUUUUUCAUCUCUUUCUCUUCAAAUUGCAGCUCCAAUGCCCUCUCCAAAACAAGUUCAGAAAAAUGUUUCUGGCCUUGACACAGGCUUUGCACUUUCUCACUAAGAGUUCUCUCUUUGCAAACAAGCAUUAAGCUGAUGCUGAUACAACUAGGAAGAGCCCAGGUGAAAGUGCUUUGUACUUGACAGGCCUGCUGAGAACGUUUCUGGGCAAAACCUGCAAGAGAUGGUUCAACAGAGCAAACAACAGAAUCCGACACAUUUGACUCAUCUCCUGCAAGCAUUACUCAUGUAGUUCUGAAAGGUUUGGCAGGCAGCUGUGAUGUGGUCCUCAACACUCCUUGGCUUUUACAAAGAAAUAGGUUGGGAAAUCACAGAGUUCAACAACACACACACACAAGCACUCAUUUUGCACAUGUUCUGUUUUGACUCCCACUUGCCACUCCAUGAAAUUUCUUAUUUGGAGCACACCUGUAGCCCCAGAAUUCUCUGGCCUCCGUUAACAUGCAAGCCAGCCUUUGCCACCCAGGUAUCCUCCAGAAACUUUGGGCUUCUGUUCCCACCAGUCGUGUUGCUUGAGGCAGAUGGAAACUAUCCUCCAAAACAUCUGGAGGGGACCCAGUUGGCAAAGGCUAGAAGAAGUAGAUACACCCAUGAGAGCCCCUUCUUUGCUGCUUCCAGUUUCCUCAGCCUUUCUCUUGAGGAGGAGUAUAAAGACCAUUUUUAUUCUCCCAAUUAUAUUCACCCAAUUGGAUGAGGUUGGGGAAUCUUUUUCAGCCCAAGGGUCACAUUCUUUCUGGGCCACAUUCUAGUGUGGAGGCAGAGUUGAAGACAAAAAUAAGCAGAACAGUGAAUUUAGCAUUUACAUUUGUAAAUGUAAAAGGCCUUGCCGAUGGUGUCCAAUGGAAGGCAGAGCAAGAUGUUUGGCACCAGCUUGGCUGCAGGAAUUGCCAGAAAGUGGCGUACAAGGCGCCAUCCAACCGUCUUAGGGACUCCACUCUGAAUUUGUGUACGGUUUACUCCUGAGCCUUUUCUUCUCCUGAAGAUAUUCUGCAAGGCGCUGGAGGCUUAGGAUAUCAGAGUGUUCCUUCUUCCCAGGUUGAUAAGCCAUCUGCCCCUCACUUCCCUUUAUAGCAUGGGCAGAAACCGCCUUCUUGACUGUUGGACCCACUCUUGGUAUCAUCUGCUCAAUCUGCCAGUGCCUGUCUUUGCAUGCAGGGGAAGACCCUGACUCCCCGAGGGUUUGAGACCCAUUGAGCAUCCUCACUUGGUCUGACCAGUCAGUUGCAGCUGUUCUCGGAUUGUGGCCGCUGUUGCAUGCUGACAGCUUCUAGGAGCCGCAGGUGAGAGCUGAGUGAGAGCAGGGUGGGGAUCAAUGGUAAGACAAACUACCCCAGAAGGAGCAUGGCAUGUCUCUCACUGGAGGUACUACCCCUCCCCUAACACCCCAUACACCCACUGAAAUGAAUGAACCUAAGUAAUUUCCAUUAAGUUCAGUGGGUCUACACUUAUUAGGACUAGCUACUCAGCUCUGCAGCUGGAAAAGAUAACCCAAAGCAGCUUACAGUGCUCAGUAAUAAGUCCGUCCAUUCUCCCAGACUUGCAGUCUAAAAGACACAAAACAAAAGGAAAAAUGGAUUGACGAAGACGAGGCAAAAAGCAAGCUCAGGCACUGAUUAUUAGAUGCAGGGUUCUUUUGCUGUUUUUUCUGGGAGGGAAUGACAGGGCAAACUCCCUGCAGCUGCUUCCUCUCUGGCUGACACAUGUUGGCUGCUUGGUCUCAGGUGCCCUUAAAAAGGAUAAUCUUUAAUACAUAAGGAGAUUUUGUUCAUAGAGCACCUUCAUCAUGUUUAGUUCUAAACAAUGAAGUCAAUGCUUGUCUGCAGGAAGUGCUAGGAAUCUACUAGGGAUGCUGAAUUCCAUGUGGUCCAUGCUGGAUUCUGUCCCAUAAGAGACUGGGAUCCUAGAGAAGCGAACUCAUGAGGGUGCUUUGGUUUGGGAUCCCCCUUUUGCCUAGAGUUUGUCUAUUUUUAGAAGCCAGGGUGGGGGCUGCAGAAGUGGCUGCUUGCAAAAAGGCACUGGCAUGCCCUUCUUCCUGCUUCAGCUCGCACAUCCAUUUCUCUUCUGCAUUAUUUGGGGGGCACAUCUGGCUGCCACAAGAAGUGAGGGCAGACAACACCUGGCACCUUUAGAAGUUAAGUAAAGCUGCUUUUUCUCUCCACUUUUCUCUAUCUCCUUGACCCCCGUAGUGGUGGUUUUUUAUGGUGGUGUUUUUAGUUGCUGCUGAAUGAGUGCCUAGUGUGCUGAUUCUUUCUUUGCACCAAUCCAGCUAUUGAAGACAAGCCAGCUAUGAUGGCCUCCUCUCUGUACCUGGAGAUCAUCAUUUACUGCACAGGGGGCUUCCUCAUCUCCUGCAUGAUUGUGACCGUCAUCAUAUACAAGAUGAAGAGCACCACAAAGAAGUCGGAUUUCAACAGCCAGCUGGCUGUGCAUAAGCUGGCCAAGAGCAUCCCCUUGCGCAGACAGGUAACAGAAAGUAGAUGGGGGGUUUGAUUAUCUCCUACCCCCCUUCCCACAAGAGCCUUGCCUCCAUUCUGAGCAAAGCUCGCUAGGUCUAAUUCAGGGGUUAACAACCUGUGGCCCUCCAGGUGUGGCUUGAUUCCAACUCACAUCAGCACCAGCAAACAUGGCCAUUGGUCUGGUAGCCCAGCAACAUCUGGAAAGCACCAGGUUGGCUACUCCUGAUGUAGAUGAACUCCCUAGGGCAGUGUUGGGGAACACGACUACAACCCCCAUCAACCCAGACCCGUUGGCCAUGCUGCUUGGGAGUCUAAUGAGAAUUGGAGUCCAGUCACAUCAGAAGGGGGCUGUAGAGUCCCUGCCAUUGUCCUCAGGGGAAACAGAGAAGCAGGUGAUGCCUGUGACACAACUGCUUGCCUAGUAUGGUCAGCAUAGAUCAGAGCUGGGCAUGCUGUGGCUUAAGGUACUCCAGAUGAGGUCAAGGGAGGCCUGCAGAACUUGUGACCCACCAAGAGGAAUUCUCUGUCGCUACAGCCCACCAGGACCCAGAUUUAAAUCUCUGUUUUGCUGCCCAUUAGAAACUGCAACAUUAAAAUGGUUGUCAAGCAGUAGACUGGUAGGCUGUGUUAAGUUUGGCGGGUUACAAAUGUGCAAGGUAAUAGCAGAGAGUUCUGCUAUCUGUUCUGGCUCCUAGGAGGCUCAACUGCAGUUCCUGGGGGCCAGAAAGACAAGAACAAUGUGCAAAUGACAUACCCUGGCCUCUUUCCAAGUCCUUCUCCCAGCCACAAUGUGGGAGCAAGGUAGCUCAUCAGCAGAACCAAGGAGUGGAGGAGGAGGCAAUGGCUGCUGGAAAGAGAGGCGUGGGGAAACCCAUUAUCCCUUGAGGCACCCAGAACUACCUGUGUGCUGGCCCCUUUCUGCAGCAGAACCUGCUGUGGUCUGAAUUACGCAGGUUGAUCCAUGAGAUGUGGUAUGUAGGCUACCCUGCAUCUAAACAGCGUUAGAGUAUCUGGUCUUCUGGUGACUUCCUCAUUCUUCGUUUGCCAUGUGUCUGGGCCAGAAGGCCCAACCGUGCUGGUUGUGAGAAAGAGAGGUCACAAGUGAGGCAAGUGCAGUAGCAACCAAGAUCUGCUUCUUUGAGGCAGGAGCAGAGAAAAGAGGACAUAGUCAUAAUUGUUACUAUAGUAAUUUACAUCACACUUUUAAUAAACUGCAUGCAGCUGUUGCAAUCCUGACCUCAUCAUGUAACAAAAGUAAAAACAAACCUAGGUUCUGUGCCAUGGAAAACGGAAUCCUGUAGCCAGUAUAAUGUAAUGCAAAUUACAUUAGAUUUGCAUAUACCCCUCCCCCAGCCAUUGAAACCAUAAUGCCUAGCAGCUUGUUUUGAAAAGUUAGCUCAAAAUUUUCUGGAUGCUGAAUACAAAAUUCAGCAUUUCCACAGUGCAGAUUACAAAAUGCAGGGGAGCCCUGAUGACUGGGCUCUCUGAAUUUUGACAUGGCCAUAGGAGGAUGGCAGGGACUGGGUAGGGCUGUGAGGUAAUAUUCCCACACUAUUCUGCUUUGGUCAGACUCCACCUGGAGUCCUGUGUCCAGUUCUAGGCACCACAGUUUAUGGAGGAUAUUGACAAGCUGGAAGGUGUGCAGAGGAGGACAACCAAGAGGCUCAGGGGUCUGGAAACCAAGCCUGAUGAGGAAUAGUUGAGGGAGCUGAUUAUGUUUAGCUGGCAAAAGAGGACACUGAGAGGUGACAGGAUAGCCAUCUUCAAAUCUCUAAAGGGCUGUCACAUGGAACCAAGAAGUUACAAGAAAGGAGAUUCCAACUAAACACUCUGACAGUAAGAGCAGUUUGACAGUGGAACAGACUCCCUCAGGAGGUUGUGGACUCUCCUUCCUUGGAGGUUUUUAAGCAGAGGUUGGAUGGCUUUCAGUCAUAUAUAUUCAGAUUCCAGCAUUGCAGGUGGUUGGACUAGGUGACCCUUGGAGUCCCUUCCAACUCUAUAUUCUAUAAUUUUGUGGUACUUUUGCAAGCCCUGAGUGAGCAAAGUUUGUUUACAGCAGCAAGGACCCAGGUCCCAGGACAGAUAAAUAUAGUCUCCUUGGAGGUGAGCAACUCUUCUCCCUACCAGAGCUGAAGUCAUGGGGUCUUUUUGCCGAAGGUAACUUCCACUCUUCCCACUGCAGGUAUCAGCUGAUUCAAGUUCUUCCAUGAACUCUGGUGUGAUGCUUGUGCGCCCCUCACGGCUUUCCUCCAGUGGGAUCCCAAUGCUGGCAGGUGUCUCUGAAUACGAGCUGCCAGAAGACCCCCGUUGGGAGCUUCCCAGAGACAGGUAACAAACUCUACUCUUCCUCAGCCAAGCAGGGAUGUCUGACACCUUUUCUACUCUGUGUCCUCAGAUACUGGUGGGGAAGAAGUUAUUGUGUUUGUUGGCUUGGGGUCUGUUCUCUUUUUUCAUUGGGGGGUCCGUUCUCUUUUUUCAGUUGGAAAAGGCCAGUGCUCAUGACUUGGUGUUUUGGUCCUCUGGGGAGAGGUGAGCAGGAAACCCAUUUCCCCUGCACAAAGGAGAUUUCUGCAACUUUCCAGAAAUUUCAGAAGCAGAGAGAGAAAAGCUCUAGUAAUGUUGUAUUUCAAAACAAAGCAGAGAAUUGCAGAUACUAUGAAAGUGGUAGCAUCUCUCACCAUUGUUGGAGACAGAAUAUUAUUCCACAGAAAGUGUAGCAGAUUCCCAUUUAUCUAUUGAUAACAAAGUACUUUGGAACCAGGAUGAGGGAGGGCUUCUCACCCACAAUUCCAAGCAGGGGUGGGAAACCUCCCUGGCCCUCAAGUCUCUCCAGGCCAUGCUACUUCAGCCACAACCUGCCUCCCCAGACCCUCCCCAGCCCUACUUCAUACCCCCAUUGGUGCUUUUUCCUGGCUCCAAUGUGCCUUUGAACUCUGACCAUGCCUCUUGGUUCCUGGCUGGAGGAUAGAGAGGGUUGUGCGAGUGUGUGUUGAAACUAGCCUGCUCUACAGAGGUAACAUGCACAUUUCUUGCUUUGCCCACUUGUCCUCUGAUCCUGAGAAAAUUGCCCAGAUGAGAAGGUGGUCCUCAGUCUGAAAAAGGUUUCCCAUCCCUGAUUUAAAGGGACAGGAGGCCAAAUAAUGUAUCUCUUAAAGUCUCAUCUGGUUUGGCCCUUCUUUUGAUGUGAUAUACAGUGGUACCUCGGGUUACAGACGCUUCAGGUUACAGACUCCGCUAACCCAGAAAUAGUACCUCGGGUUAAGAACUUUGCUUUAGGAUGAGAACAGAAAUCGGGCUCCGGCGGCAGCAGGAGGCCCCAUUAGCUAAAGUGGUGCUUCAGGUUAAGAACAGUUUCAGGUUAAGAACGGACCUCCAGAACGAAUUAAGUACUUAACCCGAGGUACCACUGUAGGGCAACUAGCAAGAUCAUGUGCUGCUAAUGUAAUUCGGAAUCACUUUACAACUGGUUCGAAUGAGCAGGUGUGUCUCACCAGGGAUAUGAUUAACCUCCUGUUUUGGCUGCUGCCUGCCUAGAACUGUAAAAACAAACAGGCUGACUUUAGUAUGUAAAACAAAAACAAAAAACUCUACACACAGAAAAACAGUAUAUCAGAGAAAACACUAGGCUGAAACCUUCCCCCUGGCAUGAUAGUUUUGGGUGUGCAUGGUAGGUUGUUUUUAGAAGGGAGCAUUCAGGCAUGUAUCCCUUCCCUGUAGCCUAAAGUUGUAAAGUCCUGCAAAAGUUUUACCAGUUAACUGCUGAUUUGUAUUAACAAGCUCUUACAAACAAUUGCUUAACUUGUGCUUAAGGAAGGUAGAAUUACUAAGUUAUUCUUUCCCCAUUUUAAGUGGAGUCAGUACCUGAACUGUUCAAUUCUGAACUUUCAUUGUAGUCCAGGGAUGGGGAACAUGUGACCUGACAGACAUUGGACUCCCAAGUCCAUCAACUCCAGCCAGCAUGGCCAGCGGUCAGGGAUAACGAGGCCACAAGUCCCCCAUCCCAUCUUACAACCACGGGUUUUCCAGAAAACUGGAAAACUGCAAUAUCUUGCCACUCUUCAACAUUUUCAUUAUCAGAAUGCAAAAAUACCACUUACAGCUGCGUCUGAAGGGUAAAAUUCCAUCCCAACCACAAAUUAUUACAGUGGUACCUCGAUUUACAAACGCCUCAGGUUAGGGUUAUCAUGUGCUGGCGGCACAGUGGCAGCAAGAGGCCCCAUUAGUGAAAGUACACCUCUAGUUAAGAACAGUUUCAGGUUAAGAACGGACCUCUGGAGUGAAUUAAGUUCGUAACCAGAGGUGCCACUGUAGGUCCAGAUUGUCAAAGCCAGGACCAUCUACAAGAAGAAAGAAAUUUCUGUUGGGUGUUGAGCCAAGGCAAGUGAGGACUUGGAGCUGUGCAUUUGAGCUGAAGAGGGCAGCCUCCCUGCCAUCACCUCCUUUCUCUUGCUCUCCUCUAGGCUGAUUCUGGGCAAACCUUUGGGGGAAGGCUGCUUUGGGCAGGUGGUGCUUGCUGAGGCCAUCGGGCUGGACAAAGACAAGCCAAACCGAGUGACCAAAGUGGCAGUGAAGAUGCUAAAAUGUAAGUAGUGGCUUUCCUGCAGCUUCUCUUCAGGCAGCUCCAUGUUUCCUUCCAAAAGACCUGCAUGUGUCCUUUGUUCCAAGGGCCUCUUGAAGAACAACAGCUGACUUUCUGCCAUUGAGGGGCUUAAGUCUGCGUUUUUAACUUUUGGAAAUAUUUUCAUCUGUUCACAUUUGUUAUGUUCAUCCGUUGAUGAUUGCAAUAUCAGGUGACUGGCAUGUCCCAAAAUGGGUUUCAUAGCUUGUACCAAAAAGGGCAGUGAAUGAUCCCAUCCCUUCCUUAAGAGCAGGGAUGGGGGGAAACUUAGACCCAGGGGCCAAAUGGAGUCCUCCAGGGCACACCUCUCAACUGCCCCACUUUGCUGCCUCCUCCUCAAGUGCUUUUGUUUGCCUGGAAUGUGUCCAGACAAACCACAAGGAGCAAACUCAUGACUUGUCUGGAACAAGGCAGACUAUAAGCCUAGGUCCAGACCACAUGCUAAGCCAAACCAUACCUUAGCUCACUGCAGGGUCUGAGGAGGAGCAAAGUAGUUUUGAUUUCCUCCCUGAGCACCUGCCUGCUUCUGCCAAGCCAUGGUUUUGCUUUGUGUUACAUAUGAACAGGAUAAUGGCAAGACUCUCUAGUUCAGUUGAAAGAAAAUGCAUUCACAUAGGCAAUCCUGUGUCCAAAUAGGUAUCCAAACAAGACUGAUGAUUAAGUUCUACACCUAUAUUAAUUAAACAGUUAAAUCAAGAUGGAUAGAAUAUUUUUGCCGUUGAGGCCAGCUUAAUGAUGUUUAUUUGUUCCCUUCGGAAUAAGUAAAUAAAAAGUUUUUUUUAAAUGAGAGAGAGAAAAGAAAGAAAAUCCAUAAAAACAUUUCUGUAUGUAGCAAUAUCACCAACUAAGACAUCAUGGCUCUGCUUGCCACCACUCCAGGUUUUUUAAAAAUAUAUUUCUUUAUAUGUGCCUGCUGGCCAAGAGGUUUAUGUAUCUAUCCAAAUUAUGAUAUCAUAGAAGAGAAAUGUGUUCUGAAGCUUCCACAAGCCAUGUUUCCAUUCCUCUAAACUCUCUGGUUGGCAGCUACAUUUUAGAAUUACUCAAUUGGUGUUCCAUUUAUAUCCUGCUCUGGUGUGGGGCUCCCAGUGUGCUCCCCUCCAAGGGAGCAGCUGCCCAAGUCCACAGCUGCUUCGCUUCAGGGGUGCUCUCGCCUGAGAUGCUCCCCACUUGGCCUAUGGAUCCCGCGCUUGCUUUUCCUUCAGGGCCACGCAUCUUGAGAAAGGCAUGGAGAGGGACAGUAGAAUCAUACAGUUGGGAGGGACUUCAGAGCUGGUCUUAUGUUCAGACCCCCUAUCAGUAUUGAAAACCCUCUACUGCAGCAUCCCUGAUAGCCUCCAUCCGACCUCUACUUAAAAACUGCUGAGAUCUUCCAAGGCAGCCUGCUCCAAAUAGCUCAUACCAUUCUUCCUAAGGUUUUGUAUAAAUCCUGUUUUCCUGUCAUUUGAACUCAUUGGUUCAUGUCCUACCCAUUAGAGUGACUGAAAACAAAUUUUCUCCCCAUCUUCUUUCCCCCUUCAAAUAUCUGAGGAUGGAUAUCAAAUCACCUUCACCAUCUCUUAUCUCUAAGCUAAACAUACCCAAACCCUUCCGCUUUGCUUUCCUGGCCAUGUUCCAGUUUGCUGACACCUUUAUCACAUGGCCCCUUUUCUCUCCUUUGUCUCUAUCAAAGGGCCAGGCACUACUUUUGGGGGGGGGGCGGUGCCCAUGAGCCUUAGCUGCUGAUUCCUUUUUGAGCCACUCUUAAUCUCGACCUGCCAGCACCAAUGUCUUUUUCUUCCUCAGCCGACGCCACGGAAAAAGAUCUGUCGGACUUGAUCUCUGAGAUGGAGAUGAUGAAGAUUAUUGGCAAGCACAAGAACAUCAUCAAUCUCCUGGGAGCUUGUACUCAGGAUGGUGAGGGCUGAGCACUUCUUUUGAGGGAAGCAGUUGUGGUUCUGUGGAAGAGCAGAGAACAGCAGAAUGUCCCCAGUUAAAAAUAGCUGAAAGUGUUUCUGUUUAAGGACAAGCCUAUCCAUUAGUUAAAUGUACAGUAUUUUAAUAUAUUUUUUGGAAGCUGCCCAGAGUGGCUGGGGAAGCCCAGCCAGAUGGGCGGGGUAUAAAUAAUAAAUUAUUAUUAUUAUUAUUAUUAUUAUUAUUAUUAUGUGUUUUAUCUCUUUUUAGCUUCCGUUGAUUUUUAUCAUCUCUUGAAUGUUUAAUCAUCUCUUGAAUGUUACCUCUUCUUAACUGUUUUUAUUGAGAAUUUUAAAAAAAAUCUUUUUUUUUUUUUGUAAGCCACUUAGAGGUUUUCUUACAAAAAGGUACAUAUAUUUUGUUAAGAUGAAAAAAACCCUUGACCUCUCCCCUGAAAGGAAUCUCAAGCAGCAGGUGAUGGGGAAACCCUUUUCUGCCUGUGACCCUUGGGAGAUGCUGCCAGUCAGAGGAGACAGUGCUGAGCUUUAAUGGGCCAGUGGUUAGACCUGGUGUAAGAAAGCUUUCUAUAUUCCUUCCUGCUUGAGAAUAGGUGUGAGGUCGUUCCAAAGUCAAUUAGAAAGGCGAAUAGUUGUGUGCUGGGCUUUGAACUCUGUAAAGUGCUUGUCCUUUAAUUUCUUCUUAUUGUUAUUUAUUCAAUUUAUAUACUGCCCUUUAUCAAAAGAUCCCAGCAUCGAUUACAACAGUAAGAACACAUUUUACGGAUCAUCAGUAAUAAAAAGCAUAAUAACAAACAGCAUAAUAAUGAAAUAAUAAUCUCUCUCCCUCCCCCCAUCUUUAACAGGCCAUAGAUUAUUUAAUGGUUAAAGGCCUGGGUAAGGAGGGCUGUUUUUGCCUGGUGCCUAAAGACAUGUAAUGAUAGCGCCAGGUGAGCUUCUCUGGGGAAGAGCAUUCCACAGGUGGGGAGCCACGACAGAUAAGGCCCACUCUCCUGCUGCCUCCUUCUGAACCUCUCUGGAAGGAGGCACAUAGAGAAGGGCAUCAGAUGGCAAGCUCAGGGUCUGGCCCGGUUUGUAUGGGGAGAGGCAGUUCUUAAGGUCCUGAGGUCUUGAGCCGUGUAAGGAUUUAUAGGUCAACACCAGCACCUUGAAUUGGGACCGGAAACUAAUUGGCAGCCCGUGCAGUUGGGCCAGGAUCAGUGUAAUUUGCUCAAACCGUCUAGUUCUGGUGAGCAGCCUGGCCAUUGCAUGUUGCACCAGCUGAAGUUCCCAAACCGUCUUCUGAGGCAGCCCCACGUAUAACAACACACUGCAGUAAUCCAGCACAGAGGUUACCAGAGCAUGUCUUGCAACUCAAAUGUACAAAUCCUCUCUGUCUGCCACUGGUCACAACAGAAAGGAGCCCUGUUGAGUGGGAGAUUGCCUGAGGACAGGCUCUGCUGUGCUCUCUGAACCCAAGGCCUGUCUCCUCUUCGCCAGGGCCGCUCUAUGUGAUCGUGGAGUAUGCAUCCAAAGGGAACCUGAGGGAAUACCUGCAGGCUCGGCGCCCCCCAGGCAUGGAAUAUUGCUACAACCCCACCCACAUCCCAGAGGAGCAGCUCUCUUUCAAAGACCUGGUGUCCUGUGCGUACCAAGUGGCCAGAGGCAUGGAAUACCUGGCGUCCAAGAAGGUGAGCAGUCGCAGCAGGAAUGGUGGGUGUGCAGUUCAUACAGGAGGACGGGGGCUGAGGAGGGAUAGAAGGGCCAGGCAAUUAUUUAAAUUGUCUGCUGCAGAAAAAGGCAGAAGGGUUGGGCUGACAAUUGGAUACUGCCUUUUUGGAUGCAGAAGCCCUUGGCUUAUUGUUUGAUUGGAUCUGUAACUUUGUUGUUGUUAUAAUGGGGGGGGGCUGUGUGGGCUUCAGAAUUCCACAGACGAAAAAUGUGUAAUGGGGUAUGGAGGCAAAGAAGUCAGCUUUUAAAAAGUGAGAUUCUUUCUCUUGCAACAAUGGGGUAGUCCCUCGCAUGGGAGGAGGCACACAAAUUUGCUUGGUUCACGUCAUAUAUGCAGGCUGCAAGUUAGCUUGGUCAAAAAUAAUUUUGCCCUCUUUUGCUGUUAUGUUCCCUGUUUUGUUUUAAGCUGAAAAUGCCCCUGCGUUCCUCUGAGGGAGGUGUCAAGGCCUCCCAGGGCUGCUGCUUCUUUAUUGCAGGUCCCUAACAAUUUGUGUCUCAUCGCUAGUGCAUUCACCGUGAUCUGGCUGCCAGGAAUGUGUUGGUGACAGAAGACAGUGUGAUGAAGAUUGCUGAUUUUGGCCUGGCUCGAGACAUUCAUCACAUAGACUAUUACAAAAAGACAACCAACGUGAGUAGCCGAUUCAGGGGUUUUGGCCACCACGUCUCACGGCCAGCCUGUAUUCUGGACAAGGUUGCCCUCCCCUAGGAAGAACAGGGUCACUGUCUGUGAGGCUGUUAGAUCCCACACUGUCAAGGAAGGCUGUGGUGCCUCAGGGCUACAAGUGCCUUGUUUCAGCUGCAACUGGUUUUCCAGCGAUGGCACCUUUUCGACAGAGGUGACUUGGCUGCUAGUCACUUCCAGAUUGGAUGGUUACGAUGCGCUCUACAUGGGGCUGCCUGUGACAGUGGCUCGGAAACAUCCAUUGGUCCAUAGUGUAGCACCCAGACUUCUAGCUGGGGUUCUGUUUAGAUCCCAUAAAACCUCUGUUCAUUUCUGAGCCCAGUUCGGGGUGCUGUCCCCACAGAGGUGCAUCUGACACCUUCAUUGCACAACUUUUGGCGACUGCUGACGACACACCUCCGAACCGUGGCUUUUGACUCUAGAGAUGCAUAUUUUUAGGCUCCACCUUAUUUCUGUCAUAGUAAGUUGUUUUAAACAGUUUUUAAUAUUGUGUUUUAAUUGUUGAAGUCUACCCCCAGACCAUGUGGUGAAGGGACCAAAAUAAAAUAUUGGUUAUUUUCAUCAUUAUAUUCUGCACAUAAAAAGUGUGGAUGUCAUGUAUGUGGUACUGUGCAGAAACCUUUCUGAAGCUGAGGAGGUCCGUGUCUGGGCCUGGCCUCUACCUGGAUAGCAGAUUGUGUGCCACUUCAGGCAUUCCUUUCUCCACACAAUUAACUAGAGAAUGAGGUGAGGACAUCUCGUUGCCUCAUGACCAAGAAGCCAGGGAGAGAGAGGGGGGAGUCUCAGAAGCUUUGUGGGCACCAGAAGAAGACCUCAAUGAUGCCUUUGCACGUAUGGGCACCAUGAAGGCAACCCUAGCUUGAGAUCACACAUUGAAAUUCAAGAGCAAAUUUCAAAGCAGAGGAAGCAGAGGCUUUAAUUCAAUCUGAAGGCUUUUCUCCUGCAUGGCUGGCCUUAAACUGUAUUAAGAAGCACUUUGACGUGCUUUCGAACUGCUAGGUUGGCAGGAUGCCCCAUAGUAUUAUAUGUUUAAACUGAUUAAUGAUUAUGGAAGGAUUUUUAAACAUUAUUCUUGUUUAUAAAAUCCAAUUAAAAAACCCCCAACAACAACCUUGAGUAUCCAAUUAGGAGAGCACUAUUGCUGCUUGUAUAUAGUCACUUUUCAACAUUGCAUAGUUGAUUUUGAGAUUGUGGGGUGCUUGCCAUAUUUGUUUAAUGUGCUAUAUAUAAGGAAAACAAGAUUUAAACAGCAGUUUUUGCUAGAAGUAGAAAUGUCAAAACUACACUGGGCACUUCCAGCUCACACCCUUAUUUAAAGCUGUGCACAUGUUUGAUUUUGUUUUUCAGAAGUGAUUAUUUUUUUCAUGAUUUUAUAUAUAUAUUUGUAUUGUUUUGCUACGGUGCAACAUCAUGAGAAAUAAACUCUUCUGCAUCUAACAAUGCACAUACUUCAAGGGAAAACUGAAAGGUCUUUCCAGAUCUCCAGACACUUUUGUGCUGGGGGAAGUUUCCUUCCUAACCUAAAAACUGACAGUCAAUCAGAUCCCCCAAGUAUAAUCAGUGGACUCUAAUAAAAGGAUAGUGGGACAGUCCUGCAUCACAGAGCAAACCCUGAAGUGCUCUGCUAAAUUCUUCUUCUUCCUUCUUCUUCUUUGGCGAUCCCUGGUAGCCGAGGAAGAUGGUUUUCCAUGAACACGGUUUUAACAGUGAGUCUGUAAGUGACUGUGGAGGCCAAUUCUGGAUCCACAUGUCUUUCCACAGUGGGGACAUAGGUUUCCAUGCAGGAGUUGAUCACGGUGAGCAUGCCUUCCUCUUAGCACGUUUCUCCCUUUUGUCCUGAGUUCGAGUGUCUUCAACUCCCGUGACACCUUUGGUAAAGGCUGUUCUCCAACUGGAGCGCUCGCAGGCCAGUGUUUCCCAGUUGUACGUAUUUAUACUACAUUUUUUUAGAUUUGCAUUGAGAGAAACUUUGAACCUCUUUUGUUGACCACCAGCAUUGCGCUUUCCAUUUUUAAGUUCAGAAUAGAGUAGUUGCUUUGGAAGAUCAGGCAUCCACACAACAUGACCAGUCCAACAAAGUUGAACUGCUAAAUUCAUAGCAACACAACACCUCCAUAUUUAUUAUUUUUUGCAUUAUUCACGCACACAGACCCUGGCCUUUCUCUCCUUCCCACAGUUUUGGGCUGAUGCAGCUGUCUUUCCUAUUUCCUAGGGUCGCUUGCCAGUCAAGUGGAUGGCCCCUGAGGCUUUAUUUGACAGGAUCUACACGCACCAGAGUGACGUGUGAGUAUCUCUUGGCUACUUUAGACACGAACCUAACCUGAGCCAGUCCAUGGAACUAUCCAGAUUGUCCUGUCUGGCAUAACUGGUUGCAGGGCUCAGGCAAAGACCCAUGCGAUCUUUUCUCAGACUGGAGGUGCCAGGAAUUGGAAGAAGGACCUCCUGCCGGGAAGGCAAGGGCUCUGUCCCAGCCCUGAAGCCUCUGCUCCUGCUAGCCAUCUGCUCAGACCUCAAGGGUGGAGGGAUUGGGGAAAGAGCACCGGGUUUUGGUUCCACAGUAUUCACAGUUGCGCUCCAAGACACCAACUGCUCUGGCAACCCACUCCUGAAUGGCUCCUUGUGCUCAUGGCUCCUCCAAGGAGUGUGUCUUUGCUUGUGGUCCAAUUCACACACAACCUUGGUAUGCAGGCAACACCCCCUUAAGCCUCCUGGCAUCUCCAACUAAGCCCAGUGUGCUGGAUACUAUUCCCAAAGAUGAAAUGGAUCAGAUGUGGUUCAUCUUUGCUUAAGGAAAUGCUAAUUAUUAUAAGCAGGAAGAGGGUUUUCAGUCUGGCACUGAGGUUUGUUUGAAUCCUGCUACUGAUUCCAGCCUUAUUGUCAGCCCAAUACCUUUUCACCUCCACAAGAAGUCUUAAAAAAAAUUUAAUGAGACCAUUUCAUGGAGAAGCAGGCCUAUUGACAGUCAAGGGAGCUAGGGGUGCUUGAAUAAUUUGGUUUUUUGCAAAUUCCAAUAGGGACUGGCCUGGACUAAUGUGCAGAUUGCAAUAAAGUUGUCUUUUGGAUUUUUCCCUUCUCAGAAUUUUCCAGUUUUUUCCAGUUCAAAAAACAUACCUAAAUGAUUAUGAAAUAACAUUUUAAGAUAAGCUAUCCAGCAGGUUUUUCUUUCUCAGCCAAGCAAGCAUAACCAAACUACACUGCUACUGCUGUGAUUCCUGAUGUGCACAUGAUGCUCAAUUUAGAAUGUAGGAAGUUCCUUUACUCUGAGCCAGCUCUGUACUGGCUACACUGUCUGGCCAUGGCUCUCCAAUCAUUUUUCAAACCUUGUAACUUAAAGAAUAAAAACCAUGAAAGAAAUAGCACUGUGAGGAGAGAUGUGAUCAUACGGGAGAGCUGGGGGGGGGGGGGGGAAUGGUUGGAAAAACACAUUUUUAAAAUACAUACCUUUAAAGAAAAGGAAAAAGCUACAAAAAUCCAAACGCUAGCUGGAGACCAUUUGCAGAAGGGAACUCUCACGUCCUGGUGUCUUCCCACACCUCCCUCCCCCAUGUCAGCGCUGGAUGAGCUGAGCCAGGCUGCAUGUGCAAGAAGUGUCACAUCAGAAGGGGGUGCCCUGCUUCUCUGCCACACAGAUGUUGUGAGGAGCCCCGUGAGGACUGGACAGGUGAGUUGGGUGGGAGACCCCAUUUCCACACACUGUGUCUCUGCUCUUUGGCCAGGUGGUCCUUCGGCGUUCUGCUGUGGGAGAUCUUCACGCUGGGAGGGUCGCCAUACCCAGGAGUGCCAGUGGAAGAGCUUUUCAAGCUGCUGAAAGAGGGUCACCGAAUGGACAAGCCCAGCAACUGCACCAAUGAGCUGUGAGUGUCGCCUCCUGGCUCUUUCCCAGGCUGGCAUUGUGCUGGACUCAGACAAGGAACACAGAUGGGGUUCUUCCAGCCCUGGUCUUCAGUUCUCGUUAAAUAAUAAUAAUAAUAAUAAAUUUUAUUUAUAUCCCGCCCUCCCCAGCCGAAGCCGGGCUCAGGGCGGCUAACAACAAUCAAAUAAUCAAACAAUCAAAUAAUCCAACAUUCUAAAAACAUUUCAUUAUAAAAAUUAAUUAAAAUCAAAUUAAUGGCAACCGUUAAGCAAAUUCUGUGCAGGUUGCCAGAGGAGGGAGUCAGGCUGCGCCCUGACCAAAGGCCUGGUGGAACAACUCUGUCUUGCAGGCCCUGUCCCGCAGGGCCCUAGUCUCUUGUGACAAAGCGUUCCACCAGAUUGGAGCCGCAGCCGAGAAAGCCCUGGCUCUGGUCAAGGCUAGCCUAACCUCUCUGAGGCCUGGGACCUUCAGGAUGUUUUUAUUUGCAGACCGUAGGUUCCUCUGUGGGGCAUACCAGGAGAGGCGGUCCCAUAGGUACGAGGGUCCUAGGCCGUAUAGGGCUUUAAAGGUUAAAACCAGCACCUUAAACCUGAUCCUGUACUCCACCGGGAGCCAGUGCAGCUGGUAUAGUACCGGAUGAAUGUGAUCUCGCAGCAAAGACCCCAUAAGGAGUCUCGCCGCGGCAUUCUGCACCCGCUGGAGUUUCUGGGUCAGUCUCAAGGGCAGCCCCACGUAGAGCGAGUUACAAUAAUCCAGUCUGGAGGUGACCGUCGCGUGGAUCAUAGUGGCUAGGUCAUCAUAGAUCUAAGGGAUCUAAUGAUGUUUUCUUUAAGAGCGGGCGCACCACUGCCUCCUUCAGUUCCCCUGGGAAUAUCCCGGUGCCAAGGGACAAAUUGAUGAUAUCCCCCAGGGGGGCCCGCACCUCGUCUGGACACGCUCUAAUCAGCCAAGACGGGCACGGGUCAAGAGGACAGGUGGUGGGCUUUCCAGCUCGAAGGAGUCUGUCCACAUCGGCUGGGGAUAUCCGCUUAAAGUGGUCCAAUACUGGACCCGAGGACAGUCGAGGGGCCUCCAGUUCCUUUAUUGUAUCCAAAUUGGCAGGGAGGUCAUGGCGGAGCAACAGGACCUUCCCCGCAAAAAAGCUCGCAAAUGCCUCACAGCCGUGUGUCAGAUUGUUAUUUAAAUUUGGCUGUCCUUCAAGGGACGUUAAAGACCUAAUUAUACUAAAUAAUUGCGCCGGGCGAGAGCUAGCGGAUGCAAUGGAGGCCAAGAAGUAAGACUUCUUAGCGGCCUUCACUGCCAUCUCAUAGGUUUUCAUAAAAACCCUAUAAGAUGUCCUUGAGGCUCCGUCACGGGCACCCCGCCAUACUCGCUCUAGCCGUCUGAGGUCCCUCUUUAUUUUCCAAAGCUCCUCGGUAAACCAGGGAGCCCGGUUUCUGCGGGGUGACAGAGGGCGCUUAGGUGCGAUCUCAUUGAUGGCUGCCAGGAGCUGGAUAUUCCAUCCCUCAACAAGCUCAGUCAAUGAGUCGCCAGGGGGAGCAAGGUCUAUCAGGGUCCAUCAGCCUCUGCGGGCGAGCCCAAAUCGGCUCGCCACCUAAGCAGGGUGGGGGUGGAAAGUCAAUCCUGGCUUUCAGAGCGUAGUGAUCAGACCAUGGCACCUUCAUCGAAGGAGACAUGAUCACAUCUAUACCUAUGCCAAAGAUCAAAUCCAGCGUGUGGCCUGCUUGAUGUGUGGGGGGCCCGAAACAAACUGGGAGAGCCCUAGUGUCGCCAUGGAAGACACCAGGUCCAGAGCCUGUGAGGAGGGAGUGGCAUCAGCAUGGAUGUUGAAGUCCCCCAAUACCAAUAGGUUAGGGAACUCCAAGGCCCAGCCGGCCACCGCCUCCAGCAGGCCUGACAGGGUGGCUGCUGGUGCGCUAGGUGGCCGGUACGCCAGCCAGACAGCCAAGCUCACCUCAGAGCCCCACACUAGGCCAACACAUUCAAUGCCGGGGAUCGAUGGCGAUGGUAGAGCGUGUUGAAAGCACAGCAUGAGGCCAAUAUAUUGUACAUUGGGUUUUGUGGGGUGUUUAUUUUAUUUUAUUUGCCAUUUCUACAGCUCUUAGCCCUUUCCUGGCUCAAAGGCUAUUCCUGCUUUGGCCAGAGAGAUUCUCAAGUGUUACCAGCUCUGAUAGUGGUGCUGUCCGGACAGGACUUCGUUGCAGAAUGAGUGGGAGGUGCUCCAAACAUACCAGGGCUCGUUUGCCAUAUCUUGAAGCCAAUGAAGUAAUACCCAUUACCCCCUAAAGAGGAAUGCCAUGAAAGACCAUUAAAUCCAGAGUCUAAAAAUACCUACCUGCAAAAUGGUUCAGAAAGCUUCAGCAAGAAUUCUGCUUUGUCAAGGAUCAGCCCCUUAUGGUCUCUGUGGAAGCAUGGGAGGUUGCCUUAUACUGAGUCAUAGAGUUGGAAGGACCCCAAAGGUUAUCUAGUCCAGCCCCCUGCGGUGCAGGAAUCUUCCUGCCCAAUGUGGGGCUUGACCCUGAGAUUAAGAGUCUCAGGCUCUACUGACUGAGCUAUACCAGACCAUCUGGCUCAGGAUUGUCUACGCUGACUGGCAGUGGCUCUCCGGGAUUUCAGACUGGAGGGGCAGGUUGCCGAGCCCACCCUGGGAUGUCUCAUGAGCUUUGGCCCUUCCCCAAAAACUUCCAGGUGAACAGAAAUCCUGGAGGAGAUUACAUGUGAUCUAAUCUUCAGUGGUUAUGUUAGGGGCUAUCCCUGUUUCAGCAGUGUUUGUUUGUUUGUUUGCUGCCUCUCCUUGUGCCCAGGGCAGCUUGGGUUAAAUCAAAGACUUCAUUAAAAUGAAUGCAACAGCAACAAUACUGGCAUUUCAAAUCGACACAGCAUAUAUCCAAGUGAUCCCUAAACACAACAGAUAAAAUGUUGGAAAAGGCCAUCUCGUCUAGCGCCCUGUUUCUCACGGCGUUCUCCCCACUUGCAAUUCCCGGCAAUUGGCAUUCACAGAAGCCAUGCCUCUGACCCUGGCCGUUACGGCCGGGGGUUCCCUUCUCCUCCAACCCAAAUGCCAAGCAAGUUGGGCUCGUGCUUUCCCCUCCCAGAAGUCAAGAGAGCUGUUGAUGCCACCAGGCCUCUUGCUGGAGGCCCUUCCGUAGCCUCGGGGCUGCAGCCAUGGCGUCUCUCUUCCUCCAGAUAUUUGAACUUGCCACGCGACGGCACCUGAAGCAGAGUGGCUUGGUACGUGGGAGCAAAAGGAAAAAGGGGUGAUGUGAGCAAUUCUGAUCCCAAGGUCAGCCUGUUCCUAUGACACAAGUUCCAGAGAUGGUUUUCCUUGCCCGGCUUGCAGGGCCGGCCGGCUGGAGAGCCCCAUCGAGUGCAGCCGCCUGGCACAGCAGAACAGAACCCCCGCUGACCGGCAGAUGCAUAUUAUGAGCACUGGCAGGAAUUCAGCGUUGUUUUCCCAGCCCUGCUGAAAGCUGUGCGUGAUAAUAAACCAAGACUUCAUUUCCUUUAUAUUUUUGUUUUUCUCAGCAUGAUAAUAUCCCAAAUAGGGGGAGGGGGGUAACUUGGUCUUUUGUCUUGAGCGACUCUCAGUCCCUUCCCAGUUUGUUCUAGCCAGCCUGGCCAGUGGCUGCUGUCAACAGAUCCGCCUCCCUCCUUCGCCACACAAUGAGGAGGAUUGUGGUGCUCAGACCUAAGAAGGGGCUUACACAAAGUGUAGUGAGCAAGUGUUGCUGCAGGCUCAAACCUUCUGGUGUCGGGGUUCCCUUGGUUAGCAUGCAGAGACAGCCCAGCUGAAAGAUCCAGACCCUGCUUCAUACUAAAUUGCUAUUAAAUAUGCAGUCCUUUUGCAUUAGUCUGCAUGUUAAUAGCAGAAAUUAGACUUGCCUUCAGUGCCUUGCAAAAUGUUCAUCAGUCAUUGGUUCAUUUGACUCUUAUUUAUAAAAAGCAGCAACCUUUGAUUUACAAGUGGUGUGCAUUUAUUUACAGCAGUUUAAAAACGUGUGGGGAAGAGAGGGAGGGGGAUUUCCACUGCAAAGCAGUCCUGCUCACACAAGGACUUGAUGGGAUACAAGCCUGUCACAUGCUUUCAGUGAAAAUGAAGUUUACAGUUUGCAGGCCUGUGUCUCCCCCCGGAGCCAAGAGGUCUGCUUUAGGCGCAAGUGUGGAACUAAGCAGGUCUCAGUUGUCUGCACUGGAGACCCCCUGUGAACCCCACAUGCAGAAGAAAGGCAGGCGUAGAUGUAACAGAGAAAUAAACAGUCUAUGAUAGACUAGGAAAGACUCGUCACAUGUCAGAGGUGGUGGACUGUUGGGUUGAAAUAAGCGACAGACGGAUGGCAAGGUGUCAUACGGGAGGCAUCUCCCGAGCAGGUCUCGGCGAGUCUCUUUUAUUGAAUGUUACAGCAUUACCACAUAUGUGCUUGUUGCUGAUUGGUUAACACAAAUACAAUGCAAGGGCAUUAAUCAUAAAGGUUGGGAAAGGGAACACGUGGUUACUAGUGAUUGAUAUUGCAUGACUUGAAAGAACAUAACAAUCGCAGUCCGUAGAUGUGGUCAACAAUGCAUUAAGAACAGGUCAGGGUGUGAUGCUUCAUGAACUCAGUGUGAACUGUACAUUCUCAGACUCAUGUGCAGAGGCAAAAACUUCCCAGCAGUGGACAGAAACCUGGACUUAGAUUAGGGUGGAGGACUUUGUUUCAAGGUUCUAUGCGAUUCGUCAUUGUGUCUCAGCUUCCAUCUGAAACAUUCUUUGUAGGAUUGUUGUAAGGAUGUAUGAUCUCAGGAAGAUCAUGGAGUGUUUGCAAGUUCAGUAAAGUGCAAGUGUCAGGGUAGCCUUGGCCAACCUGGUGCCCUCCAGAUGGUGCUUUGGACCCCCAUCCCCGCCACCACAACUUGUAGUCCAAAACAUCUGCAGGGCACCAAGUGGGAUGGAGAAGGGCGUCAGGAGAAAGUGCUGAGACUGGGUUGGUUCAUCUCGUUGAACAACCUCUUUCCAACGGUGGCAAACCAAGUGCCCCAGAGAAGUCUGCAGGAAGGAUGGGGAAUCUUUUUGGAGCCAAAAGCCACAUCACCCUGGUGGAAAGCUGUUGGGCAUUGCAUUCCAGUAGUGGAGGCUGUCAGACCAGCAAAAAAAUCCCACACCCUUCACACAGACACACAUGCGGGUUAUUUCCCAUGGAAACAGAGGCAUUUAUUUAAUUCUUGCCAACUCUACUCAAGUUUCACCUUCCAUUCUCUCCAAUUUUCUUUUUUUACAAAAUAUGUAAAAAAUAAUGUCAAAUAACGUCAACACACAGCUGAACUGCAGUCUAAAACUUCAAAAUACAGUUGCAUCCCGAAAAUUGCAUGCAUGCAAUCACAAAAUGCAUGGGCCCUUCUUGCAUAUGUGCUCCUGUGUCAUUUCCCACUCUGCUUUGAUCUUGCGGAUUAAUGAGCUACAGUUGCUGGUUUUGCAAAACAUCAGAGGUUUGUUCUUCCCUCUCAGUUGCUGCCCUGAGCAGCUGAUGGCCUUAGGGGAUGUAGAGAGCAUUCCCUGGCAUCCAUACCAGACCUGGGGGUGAUUGCCUUCUUAUGCUCCAUGCCCACCAAAUCUGGCUUUGAUGGAAUCUGUUGCUUUUGUUGAACCUGUGUAUAAAAUAGCCAUUUCAUGGGCUUGUCCAUGUUCUGUUACGUGUCCUGCAACUCUGUGCUAAACGUUUUUCAUCCGGUUCUCUUAUUCUCUCUGUAAAGGUACAUGAUGAUGCGAGAUUGCUGGCAUGCUGUUCCCUCCCAGAGACCCACAUUUAAGCAACUGGUAGAAGACUUAGACAGGAUUGUGGCCAUGACCUCUAACCAGGUAAAAUACAUCUUUUUCCAAAGACUGUACGCUCCUGGGUGUCAUUCUGUCUGUCUGCAAGGUUGCAGGGAGCCGCUUCCUGGACUAACCAUUGAUUCAAAGCUCAAUGCUUUGAGUCCCCUGGGGACUCUGGCUUUUGGGGCCGACCAGGUCUUCUGUCUGGCUUUGGCUCCUGCUGCUGCAACUAAUUCCAGUGUUUCUUGGGGAGGGUCACUGGAGCACACUCUAUUUUGAUAACUUUGUUCUGAUAGGCCCAAUUUUCCCUGGGUGUGGGAAAAUUUGGGGUGAAGUGAUUCACUGUUGCUUUAAUGCCCCUUUCUCUUUCUACUGACAUUUGUCUCUUGGGGCUCCCCUCUCCUCUCCGAGGCCUCCAGACCCUGGGAUGGCCAGUGCUUAAGCCCUCAUGGCUCUUUCCUUCCCUCUAGGAAUACCUGGACCUUUCCAUGCCAUUGGACCAGUAUUCUCCUAGUUUUCCAGACACCCGCAGCUCCACCUGCUCUUCAGGAGAGGACUCUGUGUUUUCCCACGACCCCCUCCCCGAUGAACCUUGCCUCCCCAAGCACCCACCUCAACUUGCCAAUGGAGGACUCAAAAGGCGCUGA